AUGUCAAAGAAGGGUGCCAGCUUUCGAGCUAAAGGAGAAAGACCGGAUGCCUUAGCUGCUUUGCAAGCCGCUAAUGAAGAGCUCAGGGCAAAACUAACAGAUAUUCAAAUAGAACUCCAGCAAGAAAAGAGUAAGGUGUGCAUCUUUUUUUCCCCCACCACUGCUAAUCAAAACAAAAGCCAUCCUGUUUCCUAAACACACCCACUUACAAUGUGAUGGUGAAUUAGGAGGCAAAGCCAUCCCAUAGCUCUUUUCCUGUGCCAGGAAAAAACACACCGCACCAUGCAAUUUGGUACACUUCAUCACAGUACAGAUGUGUGUUUUAAUAAGUAAAUGCACUUCUGAAAGAUAGCAUGUGUAUUAAUAGAUUAGGUCCUUCUUUGCAAUGGAACAUAAGCCUUGGAUCUGUAAAUUGAGGAGUUGAUCAUGAAAAAAGAAGAUGCUGCAAACAUUAAACAAGGGUCCUCCUCUUAAUAUACUCUUGUGGAAUGAAGCCUGAAGGUUGUUUUAGAUCUUGUCUUCAUACGAAUGCGGGUUUUGAUGCAUUAUUUAGAGACUUCUCUAAUUGGUCCCCUAUGGAGGCAAAAGCAGCUGUAUUGUCAGCAUGUACCAUACACUAAGAAGCAAAACUGCCAAGAAGGGGUGGGGGACGAUGGCAUAAAUCCAUAUGCAGUUCACAUUAAACAAGCUGAUCCGGCAAUUUCUUUUGAGCACAAUCUAGCUUUUUAAUGCGAAAAUUAAAUUAAUCUUUGGUUACUGUGUGGGUGACAGCUGGAGCCUGCAUUGGCUUUUAGAGUAAUCUACCAAAUCUGAAGACAAAUUAUAUUUUGUCUACACUUCGCUUUGCUUGGAAACAGGGUUGCAGCCAAUUAAGUACUACUCAGGGUGAACCUGCUGAAUUUUAUGUUGACACUACUGGAGAACGGUACUGAUGAUGAACAGAUGUCACAGGCAAUGUUACAUAAAUGGCUCUUAAUGUACUUAAAUUCAGAUACGUUGAUUAUUUAAAUGUUAAUAAAUUGAAUUGCAUAAAUGUAGGAUAGACAGAAAUAUAUGGCUGUGAAGGUUUAUGCUUACUAGUAGCUGUAAGUAAAUAUCCCAAGUUAUUCUAACGUAAUCCAAAUAAAACAAUAUAAAAAUAGAUAGGUUUGUGCAUGGAGUUCUGUUUGUGGAAUGGGCCACCCCUGUCCUCUCCUUGUGUACCAUCAAAUUUUUCUCUGCGCACCCUAAAAAUCUUCCCUGAAGGGCCCCUCAAUCCUCUGGAGCAGAUUUUGAUGAUGAGGGGGUCUUCAUGGGAGAGGCGUGGAGGGGAAAGUUGCAUGGUGCAACUGGUUGCGCUAGCAGAACAGCAGUGUUGAAUAAGACUCAUAAUUUUAUAUAAGGCAAUAUAAAAAUAAAUACUUUUCUAUAUGGGUCUCCCACUGAUAUGAAUGAACCCAAGCUAGCCAUGUUCAUUAAUUUCAAAGGAUCUACUCAGAGUAGGGCUAAUGAUGGCUACAACCCUUGGGGUUUUUUAAAUUUAUGUAUUUAAUUUUGGCUGGAAUAAGUGAGGCCAUAUUUAGCCAUGGCACAUUUGCACUAGCACAAAUGGAUGCCUUCAUCUGUGCCCGCUGCAACAAAACAUGUUUCUCCUGUAUUGGUCUCUACAGCCACAGCAGUCGCUGUGACUCUCCAACAGUUUGACUUCAAGUCCAAAGGGACACUCCUCCAUUGUCUCCAGAGACAGAUGUAUGCCAGCUAUUGAGCCAAUAUUGAGGCAACUGCACUGGCUAACAGGCCUUAAGGACCACAUAUUUCCACAUUAUACUAUCUAGGCACCCAGGUCAUUCAUAGAUUCAUAGAUAUGUGUGUGUAUACUGUACACACACAAACACACAUUUCUACUGUUUCUUCUAUGCAAGUCCACACCAUUUUUAAAAGCCUCAUUCCAGGUAUGAUAGUUAUAACCCACAAAUGCAAGCCAGUCCAGACUUUAGUAUUGAUUUUAUUUGAUGUUACCAAUCCAUCCCAGGCAACACUGCAAACUAAGCACUGCAAACUAAGCAGUCGGUAAUGAAAUAUAAGCAGUAUGCUAAUGUUAGACGUGGCCAGCAUGUUGCUAAUAUCAGCUGCAGACAAGCAAUUGCAGCCGAGGGUUCUGAAUGGAUGGCAUCUCUUUGUAAUUCAUUUCUAAUUAGGAGAUUUAGUGUUACUCCAAAAUUCUUGUGUAAAUCACACGUCGGAAAACAAGCCCAGAAGUAUUACAUUAUUGAAUAGCUUGUACAGCAGCAGCUUCAUUCCUGGGAAGACAUCAUUAAAAGAAGGCCAUUUGUAUAUUGUUCAAAAGUGUAUGUUUGCGUACUGUCCAGGCAGGACAUUUUUAUUUAUUCUUUACUUCCAACGCUGCUUAAUUAACAUUUUAAAAACCACUGAGCAAGCACAAAGCUGUUUUAGAAUCAUAGAGGGAAUACCUAGGGUAGUCUGGUCCAACCCUGUGCAAUGCAGGAAUCUCAAAACACAGUCUCCCAUCCAGUUUGAAACCACACCAGACCCUGCUUAGCUUUGCAAAGGGGCUGGAAGAUUUUACUGCUGCACCACUACUCUGAAAAUGGUUUGGGGAUUUUUAAAUUUAAUUUGGUAGCUAAGAAAAUUUGUAACAUGUUAGUUUUAAGGGGCUUCCUGAUGGGUGUUAGGUAAUUUACAGAUGGGUGAAUCUUGAGAAGCAGUUUGCUGGGGAGGGGGCCACCUGGAGCCAUGGCACUAGCUUCCUAGCAGGUUGGUCCCUGUUGCUUAGCAGAAAGGAGAAGAUAAAGGAUCAAAGGGGCGGGGAGGUCAAUGUGGUGCAAAUGUACUAGAUUGGCUCUGUGAGUGUGUUUCCACCAUGCCAAGCUCCCCGCCAUCUUUCCCUCCAAGUGAGCCAUCUUCUGGGUAGCUAGUUUAGCUGCUGCACCCCACCCAGCAAGCUGCUGUUGUGUUUCCUGUGGGUAGGUGCUCCUCAUACAUGCAGCUUUUUUUUGUAUCAUCCACACAACAUCAUUGGCAUCAAAAUGCCAGGCCAUACCCCCCUACACACACUUAAUCCAGAUUUAACAGGGAGGACGGGGGAUUCAGUCAGUAAAAAAACUGCUAUCAGUUGUGAUACCUGAAUGACCCUUUAGUAAAAUACCUUUAAGACCCCAUUUAGUAAAACCCCUUUAGUAACUGGGGGUGCCUCCAGACUCCCCCUAUUUUGUGGGAAGGAUUUAAGUGCAUACUGGAAAUUUAGGCUUGUGCAAUUAAAGUGGAAUAAAACACUUUGUUGCCCUAGUUCAAUCAAUCCACUCUUUUGUUUAAUAAGAAAAAAAACCAAUCCCCCCAACCUUUUGAAGUUAGGAAAGUGAUAGAGAAACAUGCCAAAAAAUGUGGAAUGAAUGAAUAAUGUGGGAUUAAUGAAUGAUUAACAGGAAGACAUGUAAGAACCCUGUAAGCAAAUCAGGAUGAAUGCUCAGUGCAACUGGACAGAGUCUAACCACCAAGUAAGUUUUGUGCCACCCAGUUAGGAUGAAUGCUGAAUGAAGGAGCCCUGGAAGUAACUGGAACAAUGUCUGUUAGAUCAGUUGUGUAAUAAUAGCAGAGUAUCUAAGAGCCAAGUAACAUGGCCACUGUUAAGUAAUGGGGCACUGAGGUGGAAAAUGGGGCGAGCUCAUUGACAGUCUUUGCUUUUCAAAACUCUGCUAAACUCACAAGUGUCUUACAUUUGCCAGCGGGCGAUGCUUUUAGCUGGAAUUGUUGCCUUGAAGAACUCAAAAAAAGCAUUCAGUGCAAAAGUUAAAAGACCAGUGCAAAACUUGUGCUUACGUGAAACCUGAAAUGAGCUGAGUCUCUGACUUUUGCGUUAGAAAUUGGCAGGAGGUUGGUUCAGACAGACUCUAGUUGUUUUGCUUUCACUAUAAAGGGUAGGUAGGCAGGCAAGAAGAUCAGUGAAUUAUUUUAAAACUUUUGAGAAGGAGAGCUAAUCCAGCCAUACCAAAACUGCUUUUGUCAGCUAAUUUAAAUGGGUGUGUGCGUUGGUUGGUUUGAAUUAUUGUCAGGCCUAUCUGUGUCGACACUCCUGUGUAUGCAUUAGCACGUUACCAAAAAGUGCAAAAAUACAAUGCAUGCAACCAACUUUUAGACAUGGUAAUUGUGUAUCAUCAAGGAGAAGCAUGCAGACGGCUGUUGAGAAACUUUGGUAUUGUGAAUAUUCCUGUCCUUAUUAAAGCUUAUUAUUACAAUAAAGGGCCCCCUUUAAUUCCCCAUCGUCCAUGCAGUGUUCUCUUCCAACUACUGUUGUCCCACACUGUCUGCUCACUAAAUCCAGGGAUUCUCUAUGCCUUGGAAAUCUGGAAAGGAGAGCUACAUUAAUUGCAUAUUGGGAUCUCAAGAUUUUUAGAAGGGGGGCAGUAGUUGGAGGUGAAUGCCACAUGGAUGAGAGGAAAUUAAAGAAGGCACAAAGAAUCCAUAUUAAGCCAAGGUAUGGACGGGCCCUAAUUUUAAUGUGUAAGUCACUGUAGAAGAGAAAGGGAGGUAUUUUCCUUCCCUCCCUUUGUCUACAUCUUCCCAGUACACCCAGUGUGCCCGGUGUCCGAUGGGAAAUGAGCCCAGGAUUCAGUAGGAGAUGGAGUUUUUCAGAGGGGCGGAGAAACUUGUAAUGGGAGGACUCCAUCUUUCCUUAUCCACCCCUGACAUGCUGCAUUGUCAGGACUAUGAGCAACUCUAACUUUCGGUGGGAUUCUAACAUGGGGGACAGGAUUAACCCCUCCUUCCCAUGCACCAUGGUUCUGAUCUAGCUUGUGCCCCCCACCCUGCAUAGCUGAUGUUGCUAAUAGGGAGAAAAAACCCCAGACAAACUCACUCAUUUAAUCUUACAUCUCUUUUUAACCCUUAAUUUGUGAUAAGGAAAAAACACUUGCUGAUUUCCCAACAGCUGUCUUAAAUAUGUCCUCCAACAUUUAUUGCUAGGUUAUAAAAUCCAUCUUAAACAUACCGCGUGAUACUUUCUUUUUCUUCUAGGUCAGCAAAUUGGAGAGGGAGAAAAAUCAGGAAGUGAAGCUGAUCAAAGAACACGAACAGCACAAAAACACAGUGACUGUAACAGAGCUCAAGGCUAAACUUCAUGAAGAAAAAAUGAAGGAGCUCCAAGCUGUUCGCGAGGGACUUUUAAGACAGCAUGAAGCUGAGCUUCUUAGAGUCAUAAAAAUCAAAGAUAAUGAAAUUCAGAGACUUCAGGCCUUACUCAAUGUUGUCCGGGAUGGGACGCCUGAUAAGGUUAAGACGAUGCUCUUCUGCGAAGCAAAGGAGGAGGCCAAGAAGGGAUUUGAGGGUGAGAAAACCAAAAUGCAACAGGAAAUUUUGGAGCUUAAGGGGGCUAAAAAGCAAGUGGAAGAAGCUUUAUCUGUGGUUGUGCAAGCCGACAAAAUCAAAGCAGCAGAGAUACGGAGUGUGUAUCACCUUCACCAAGAAGAGAUUACCAGGAUAAAGAGAGAGUGUGAGAGGGAAAUUCGCAGAUUGGUAUGUGCAAAUUUCAAUCAUUCUGGCGGUUUUCAGCAACAAGGGGAAGGGAAUGAAUGUUCUUUCUGUGUUUUCGCUAAUCAACAGUUCAAAUUCACUGUGACGAAGCAUCCUGCACUGGGGCUACUAAUCCAUACAGACUUUCUGAUCCUUCUGAGGUUUAUCCAGCACUAAUGAAAAUGUCUAGGAGGAGGUUGUCUCUCAAAGAUAUGCUGUGCUGUAAGUUAACAGGGCGCAAGGUUUUGAUCCAGGCUGUCUCUUGGUCUCUUGCCAUGCCAUCUGUUUAAAUGAUCAUUUUAGUUCCACUAGGAAUCAACUUCACAUCCGUACUAGUUAGUGAGCAGUAGGUUGUUCUUUAAAAAAAAAAAUUUAAAGCUUGAAAAAUAGUUAUGUGCUAGAAUGCAAAUACUGCCUUGUCUUUCUGCUGGUAAAGGGUAAAUUAGGAGGAAGGAGAUGACGUUUCUUUUCCAGGUCACAACCAACUUUGCAAAUUGUUGUGCAUCUCUACUUACUUACCUUUUCACAAUGCUGUAUUGUUACUGAGACAUAAAACACUUCUGAUGAUUGUAGAAGUAUAAGGUGAUCUAAUUGUUACGAUCAACCUUUUUCUAGGCAAAUUGGUAUAGGCAAAACUUCAAAUAUGACAAAGUGAUUACAGCCCAACGCCAUGCGUAGGAGGCCAAUGAUUUAAACCCUUGCUUUACAGUACAAUUCUAGGCAUGCCUGCUUGGAAGUAACUCACGCUGAAUCUAAUGGAACUUAGAUAAGUGUGCAUAGCAUUACAGCCUCUUCGACUUAGACCUCUGAAUCUACAUUUAUGCCAUUUCAGCAGGGUUUUUUGGGGUUUUUUUUAAACGUAUAAAGCAAUUCUCUUUAGCCUGGAUCUAGUCAUGGUUUUUUAGCCUGUUUUCAUACGUAAAUGUCUCCAUCUGGCCUCAUCAUAUACAAUUUGAGUUGCACAGUAUUUCCCAGACAGAAGUGCUUUCCAUGCAGGAAAAUACACAACAUAUAAGUUGGCCCGUACACAGUUUCAUUUCCAGGAUAACAUAUUUGUAUUAUAAAUGGCUGUAUUUUGCAUAUAAAGCCACUCAAGAGAUGGUUUAAAUUCUCAUUGGAUAGCUCCGACUUUGCAUGAUAGCUUUCAAUUUUCUAUUUCUAUUUCAACAGUUGUUUGAUUCCCCCCCCCCCCAGUUGUUAGGCGGUUACCAGGCAUUCAGAGAGCAAGGCCUUUGUGUAGUCUUAUGUUUUUGCUGCUCCAGCACCACAUCUACAUGUUACUAUGUGUGAAUUUAUGUUUAACACUCCCGUGAUCACAAUGAAAGCUACACUUAAUGCUUUCUAACACCAUUAGUGGGAGACUAGUUGCAGCAGCUAAUUAUUCAUAGUAGAUCAAUUCUUGAUGUAUAACUUCAGCUGAUUUAUUAUGCUCAGGGAGCUUUUUGCUGUUUUCCAUGAUAAGGAUGACAAUGACAAAUGCACCUUCAGUUUCAUAUUAAAUGAUCUGCUUUUUCACAGUGAUAGGACCUAUUCUGAAAUAUGCAAUAUCCAGAAUGGAUACUUUCUUUUCCAAAGUAAAAUGCAUAACUUUACUUGUAAUAGAAUACAAGCUUGAUAAGUUAAGUCUAGUCAUGUUAAAUCCAAUGUUGUCCAAUUUGUGGGGUUCAGGAACAUUGGGAUCCUAUACCAAAGGGAGAACUGUGACCAGCAUCAUAUCUUUCCUUCAUAGCCAAAUACGUUGAAUGCUCUUUUUCUGUUUGGAGAUAUCAUGCAACUUGUGUGCACACUGCUCAUUGAAAGCACAUUCAAGCUUAAUCUUUCCCUCAAAGAAUCCUGGGCACAGUAGUUUGUUAAAGGUUUCAGGGAGUUGUAAUUCUGUGAGAAGUAAACUACAGUGCCCAUAAUUCCUUGAGGGAAAUAAUGUGCUUUGAAUGUACUUUAAAAGUAUAACGUGGACCAAGUCUAAGUGGAAAUAGCAUCUAUAGCAUUCAAGGAUGCAAAGAAACAGCCUAAUUGUUCAAUACCAAAAUAUAGUUUUAUUUUACUGCAGUGUAUAGUUAGUAACAUUGUAACAAGGGAGACAGAGUAGUAUAAUGGUUAAAUAUACCACAAAUACCACGAGAGAGAGAGAUAUAUGGAUGGAUGGAUGGAAAUUGAAUAAUACCUUUUGAACUGAAUGGAAAUAUCCACGUGAAUGGACGGUCCAAUAUGUGAGCCGAUAGUUCACAGAGCUCAGUCGCAACAACUGUGAUUGCUGAUGCUCCAACCUACAUAUUAAGGAAUUCAGCAGUUGCUAGAAGACGUGAGUUACUUCUUGAUAUAUUAGACUGAUCACAAAAAUGGGUGUCUUAGUGAAGUGUCCCAAGAUAUUUGGGGAGGCACAAUUAAAUGUUACAUGCAAACACAUAUCAGUGUAGCCUGUCGGUAUCUCUGACCUUCACAAACACGUACUUAAAUUCAAAGCCAGUGUAGAGGGAGAAAGGUGUGAUUUGGAGAGGGAGGUAGCAAGUGGGGAAAUGAUUGUUCCCCAAGCACCAAUCCAGGCUCAAUCACCUUUUCCCAAAGUAAUUUUUCAAGCUUAAAUGAACAUGGGAAGAGCCUGCUGGAUUGUGCCAAAGAGCCAUCCAGUCUAGCGCUCUGUUCUCGCAAUGGCCAACCAGAUGUCCACAGGAAGCCUGUAAGCAGAACCUGAGUGAAGCAGCCCUCUCCCCACUUGCAAUUUCAAGCAACUGGUAUUCAGAGUCGUAUUGUCUCCAACAGUGGAGGCAGAACAUAGCCAUCAUGGCUGGUAGCCAUGGAUAGCCUUAUCCUCCAUGAAAAAGCUAUCAGGCAACACUGUUACAUGUUUGCAUGCAAUGUGCAUUUUAGCCGUGAAAUGGCUCUUUGAGUCUAAUUAGAAUGGAGCCAAAUUAAGAUAUUGGAGGAUUCCUGCAAAACCCCACUAGCCUUUUUCAUUUUUACAGUAACUAUCUGACUCAAGUGAGCAUUUCAGCUCUUGUCAUCUGUAGGACUCAUGUUUGGGUCUUUUGUAGGGGACAGCAAUUGGUGGAACACAAAAUUCCGUUUAUAGUAAGGGACUCAGUGGCUAACUUCUGCUAAAUCCAAAUAUAGCUUUCCUCUCACAUCUUACUGCCUUUCUCUAAAUGUGCAGCUUUCCCCAAAUAACCAUCCCCACCCUUCUCCUCCCAACCUCGUAUAGUGUGAAUAUUUCCAAGCAAAACAUAACAUAACUUGAUUUUGGAUGUUUGAUGCAGCUCCAUACUGGCUCAUAUCUGGAUUUCAACCCUAGCACUUUUCUACCAGGCUGUGGGUUUAAAUCUUCCUUACCCAGAGAAAUGAUAAAAACUAAGAGUUCUCAUGAGAAAAGCACCACAGCUAAUGUUCACCAAGGGAAAUAUUAACCUAUUAGACAGAACAGCUGGUUGUUAAUCAAGCAACAAGGUGACAUUUUCAUGUUAACAUCCUAAGCCUUGGAUGAGACCCACAUUUUGAACAUUGCUUUGAACAGUAUGUGAGAGUUAUAGGAAAGAAAAUAAUGUUUUGACUGAGAAAAAUGUGCUCUAAUAUAUUUUAGCAACAUCACAGGUUCAACUCUGCUCAAUGAUCUAUUUGGUUUGCUGUAGUCAUGUGAUUAUAAUGUUUUCUCUUCCUCAUGUCAGCCAUAGACUACCACAAAUUAAUAGCAGAGCUCUGCUCAACAGGAGGCAAAUUAAUCCCCAACAGCAAACACUUUAAUGCCAGAGUAUUUACUAUGCUUCAAGAUCAUGAAGCCAUAUGUCUUUAUACUUAUAAUAUAACAUGCUAUUUUGCAGAUAGAUACAAAAUAACAGGAGCCAGAAAUCUGUUAGUUUUAUUAACUGGGCAUGUUUCCCAUCUACCACAUGAUAAGAUGCAGGAACUUGAUAUCAAUACUAAAGUGGACUAAGUACUGAUUCCAGAAAAAAUAGCUGUGUUGAUCUGCAGUAGCGGAAACAGCCAUGUGAUCCAUGGUACCUUCAUGUCUAACAGAUUUGACUGUGGCAUGUGGUUACAUGGGCAAGAACCUACCGUAUUGGCCCAAAUAUAAGCCACACAUUUUUCCAAAUUCCUUACGAGGGCUGUCCAGAACACAGGGCAACGGCGCCCGCCCCAACCGCUGCUCCCAAGCCUCCCCUGAACCGCCAAGAAGGGGGCGAGGCUGCCGGCAAAGGGGCAUGGCUCCCCCUCCCCAGACAGCAGCCCAGGAGCAUGGGGGCAAUGGUGCCCAUCCCGUCUGUGGCUCCCAAGCCUCCCCCAAGCCGCCAAAUUUUAAAGGUGUGACUUAUAUUUGGGUGUGGGUUAUAUUCGGGCCAAAACAGUACUUCCAUUUCAUGCAGAUGACAAAGGUAAUCAAUACUUAUGAAAAUUCAUGCCACAAUACAUUUGUUUGUCUGCUAAUAAGAUAUCUCACUUAGAUCUUGUGUAAAACCCAGCAAAGAAAAGAUUGGAAAAACAAAAUAGUGAGCAUCAUUUUUUUUAAUUGAAGUUUUCAACAAGCCCCUGUGCCACCCCUCCAAGUAUUUGUGGAAUAAAUACUUGUUUAAAUUAUUGGGAAUAAUUAGACCAACUUUGUUGCAUCACCAGCAUCUUACUCUUAAAAGUUGUUAUUCACUUUGAAAAUGUUAGAAAAUAUGAUUCAACAAGAUAUUUGCAUUUUGGAUUUCUAAUAAUUUAUAUAUUGUAUUGUCAAAAAAUCAUUAGUAGACCCUUCUCUCUUCUGCUGGGUGUAGCAGAACUCAAAACAGCCGCAUUAAACCCCUACUUUGCAUUGAAUAUGUAACCUUUGAUCACACGUAUGGUUCUGCAGUUGUCAAAUGUGUGCUAAUGCAUUCAUCAGAGCUCUUCAAGCCUUUCUAGUAUCUAUCCUUUGGAGAAAAGUUGCAAGCAUGAAUUCCACAUUUGAGGAGGGGAAACACAGCAAAAGAAUUCGUGACUUUGAAGGCUUCUCCUCCCCACUUAAUAAGCAUACCCUACAUUCCCAAUCUCUCUGCUUCUCUCACACACACAGGUGUGGAGCAUAUCAAAGAGGGGGGAAAGAUCCUUCUAAGCCAAGGCCAGCCCAAGACUUUUUGCUGCCUGAGGCAAAGGCCAAGAUGCUAUUCCCCCCUGCCCUAUCCCAUAUAUAAAAAUCAACCAGACUAAAGGCUUUGGGACAUUACUUUCACCUCAAAUAUGAUGCUUUUUAAUGAUGUCAGCUCACUCUAAGUCAGGAAUCAUCAAGUGUUUACGUAGAGUGGAUGUGUGUGUGUGUGUGUGUGUGUGUGUGUGUCUGAACAAACUCACAAAGUGCCCUACUCUGCUUCCAGCCAAAGGGUUGGAAAGAACAGUUUGCUGUUGGAGGGACUUGGAAGUUUUGUGCCAAAUAAUCCCAAUCUCUGGAGAGGAAACACAGUUGUGAUGGGCUUCAGAAGCCCUCCUGAAACAAGCACACAAGUGGGAAUGGUACCUGCCUUUCCUUUGGUGCAAGCUUGGAUUUGGAAAAGGGAAGCAGGAUAUCGUCCGCUUCAGAGGUGCAGAGAAAGAUCAAGUUCUAAUUCAGGCAUAGGCAAACUCGGCCCUCCAGAUGUUUUGGGACUACAACUCCCAUCAUCCCUAGCUAACAGGACCAGUGGUCAGGGAUAAUGGGAAUUGUGGUCUCAAAACACCUGGAGGGCUGAGUUUGCCUAUGCUUGUUCUAAUUCAUUACAACAGGAGUGGUGUCAUGGUGGCUACAGAUGUUGGGUGACUACUAAGAGUUGCCCAAAUGUUUGGACUUCUAAAGUUUGAACAUGUAAAGCCUUAAAUAAUUUUGCUGUGUUUGCUCCCUUGGAGAGUCCCAGUAUUCCCAAAGCUUUCCAUGGGCACAGAUUUGCCGCUGGUGGUAUUUUAAGACAUGUCAUUGUAAGCCUUGGAUCCAUUGGAUACAAUGCUCCUUCAUGUCCUCAACAUGCCUAUAUACUGUAUUGGGCUUUCAAUGCAUACUAGCCUGGAUCUGCCAUAGAGGUUUGUUCUCCCAUUGCUACCAGUGUUUGGGGAAAUAGUUUUGAAAAAACAAGCCAGAAAGCUGGAGGUGUGAAGGUAAACAAACACACACACACACACACACACACACACACACCCCAGCCAGCUUUUACCCUGGGUUGAGCAAACUGGCAAGGUUCCAAAUGUCAGGAUUUUCAAUUCCAUUCAUGCCUAAUUCAUACUUCCUGAAACAAUAUACAGUGGUACCUCGAGUUACAAACACCUCAGGUUACAAAUGCUUCAGGUUACAAACUCUGCUAACCUGGAAGAGUUACCUCGAGUUGAGAACUUUGCCCCAGGAUGAGAACGGAAAUUGUGUGCCGACGGCACAGCAGCAGCGGGAGGCCCCAUUAGCGAAAGCAUGCCUCUAGUUAAGAACAGUUUCAGGUUAAGAACGGACCUCCGGAACGAAUUAAGUUUGUAACUAGAGGUACCACUGUACAAACCGAAACACUCACUUUGCUCUGAAUUUUGCAGUUCAGUUCUCUUCCCCCAGCCCCCCAACAGCAAUGUGUUCAAAAAAGUAUAUUCUAGGGUGAAGUGUGCAUGUAAAUGUUCAUGUUGGUGAAAGUAACAUACAAAAAUGCACUGUAUUAGGGGGAAUUGCUUGCAAAAAUGUGUAUAUUAGGCAAAAUUGCAUACAAAGACUUGAAUAUUAAGACAAAUUUUCACGAGGACUCCACUCAGCGUUUUGUGCUGCAGUGCUCCUAUUCAUCUUGGCAAAAGACAAUGGCUAGUUUGGAAAAUAUACAGUGAAAGAGGUACAUAUAGGGGUUUUUUUGUAAAAUUACUUUUGUUUUGUUGUUGUUGUUUUAAAAAGUAACUAAAAUGUUUGACAAAUGAAUAAUGAAAUAAAUGCCCCUAAAUAAGAUGAAAAUAAAAUCAAAAGCCACAUAGAGAAGAGAACUGAAGUAGAUGCAUACAUUAGUUGAUAUGAUUACAUGCAUGUUUUAUUAAGGAAAAGAGCUAUAGCUCAGAGGCUUUGCACAUCAAAGGUCUUUGGCUGCAUUCACACCCUGUCUGCUAAUCCCCACAUUGUAUUUGAGCUUUCACACAACAUAAAAGACACUUCUGGAAAUAUGGUGGAAUAUAGUGCAAUAUAGUGCAAGUUCAGCACUCAUUGCCGCAUUAUUUGCAAAUAGAUGUUUUCUGGAAGCAAAUAACACAGAAACAUGGGAGCCAACUCCUAGGAGCCGAGCUCCAUUUGCCCCCACAAUAAAAUAUUUGAGGAGGUCAUGGCCCCAAAAAUUGAUGGGCAUUGCCAUUCAAAUGGUGUGCACCACAUCUUGCGAUCGAUUCUGCAGGGUGGGACUUACGUGCCUCCCCAGUACUUUAUUCAAGCUGGCCCCCCUGCAAGAAAAUGAGCACCCAACUUGUGCUACGUUCCACAGUUGUUCCAGAAGUGGAAUUUUAUGUCAUGUGAAAGCUCAAAUAUAACGUGACAAUGAACACUUAGGGAAGUGUCAGGAAAACAGAAUGAACUGGAAGUCCCCAGGAUUUCCACUUUUAAAAGAUCUCACAUAUCAAUCUCUGGAAAAUCUGAAUCCUCAGAGAACUGCGUCCAAUCAGAAUAGACUGUCCUAGACUAGGUGAGCCAAUGGCCUGCCUUAGCACUAUUAUGGGCCCUCUAGUUUCCUCUUCUGUAUGCCCGAGUUUCCCCUUAAUGGCAUAAUAUUGACUGCAGAUAUCUCCCUGCUCCCUUUGAUCUUUAGUUACCUCUUUACUAAUAAAUGACUGACAACUUAUUUACCUGUGCUGGUUGGCCCUGCAAGAGACAUAUUUCUUGUGGUACAUUCUAAUUGCUUCCUUUGACAGCUUGCCUGCAGGGAGAUGGGCAACUAUGGAGCAACCAAUGAUUGGCAUGGAUUUUCUCAUUUGCAAUUAAAACCUCUGUCUGGGAAUGGUAUGUGGGUUUUUCCCUCUUUCCCCUUUUCUUUUCAGCCCCAGAUGCUGCAAGUUAGAAAUGUUGCCUUGCCCUUCCACACCUUCUGCUACAGUACUCUAUUAAAAACGCUUAUGGAAGCUCCCAAGCUUAUAAGCAGCUUACGCAGCAUUGCAAAUGACAUGUUGGUGGAUUUUUUUCCAUAGAGUCUGAGAAAUAACAGCCAUGACAACCGGUUUGAUACAAAUGAUAUUAGAAAUUAUUCGGUGUUUUGAUUUUUAAUAGCAGAUGCUGGCGAGGGACGGCUGGGAGGAAGAGAAAUCCCCCACUUUCCUGGCUUUCCAUAAUUGGCAGCAGCGAUGCUCGCAAGCUGUUUAUUAAUUAAAAUGCAUUAUUGGUGGAGACAACCUGCUAAAUAUAAAGUGGAAACAUCCAUGCUGUUAAGCAAGCCAUUUUCUUAAAGACCAUUGGUUGCCUUCCUCAUGUAUAUUCAUAGGCUCUGUUUCACAAGUAGGCCUUCUGUUAGAGAAAGUAACUGGGGUGAAAUUAUCAGGAAGGCGAGACUGUUGGGAGCGUCGCUUCCUACUGUCAGGAAACAAACGCAUGAGCUAGUCUUUUAGAGAUAUACACCUGGAUACUAACCCAAUACUUUCAGUGAGUCAACUCCUUUUUCUGCACUAACCUCUCCUUUGUGUUGAUACUAUGGAGCUAAAAAGGCUGUAAAUGUGGGUGGGUGAAUGAGUGUCUCUAUGUCCAUGAGUGUGUCUCUUUUUAUUAAUUUCUCUACUGUUCUCCAUAUUGCUUAAUGUUUCACUCUCUUUAAAAUCAUGUUAUUAUUGUUAUACUUCAGUGGCUUUAAUAUAUUAAAUAGUAUUUUCCCUUUUCCUUUUUGUUGUUGUUGCUUCCUUAUUGUACAAAUUUUUCACAGUUGUUUCUUUUUGAGGACGGAAUAUAUGAGCAAGAGUCAAUACUUGAUAUUAUUUGAAUUACCCUUUAUUCUCUCUCUCUCUCUCUGUGUGUGUGUGUGUGUAGGUGUGCGGUUUUUCUCUAAAUUAAAAUGUUGCCUGUUGACAGAUCUGUGUUCAGAUCAAUAGAUAUUAGCUAUGCAGAUUUUUUUUUUUUUAAAAAAGAAACCUUUAUAAGUAUUUCUGUCCUAUGGCUUGUUUAUACCAUCCAUGGAGAGAUGCAUAGUAAGCAGUCCUUUGUUUUAUGACAGUCUUUGGUAGACUACAGUACAUUUAAAAUAGAUUAUAUAUUUCUUCAUGGUUUUUUUUAUUUAAUGAUGGUGUGAGAAGUGCAGCACACAAAUGAAUUUUAUUGCCUCUGUCAAAGAGGAUUUCUUCCCUUCCAUUCUUGUGUGCUAGUUCUGGAAUGCAUGGGUCUAAAGAUGUUUGAUGUUUUCUCUUGAGGAUGUUCAAACAAAUCCACUUGUCCUCUGCAAAAAGAAAAAAGGGGGGAAAGGCAGUAUAGUCCAGGGGGCUUCUAUGAUGUAUUCAAGGCGCUUAAUAAUAAAGAAGGCUCUUCUAUAGGGAGAAAAUAUUCCUCAGAACUACUUGGUCUCCAGGUCAACUAUAAAGGAUGUGAGGCAGCAAUGGGAAAAGGAUGGUAGAAAACUUUAUCCAUCUGUGGCAAGAUGCAGUGUACUAUUAGCUGAAAGGUAACAUCACAGUCAUGAUGUGUUUAUUAAAUUUUCCAACAGAAACAUUUGAUACAAGAGUUAUCAAACUCUGUUCCAGAAGAGUAUGUGUGUUUAUUGGAGGUUUAUCAGAGGCUUCUCACUAAGAUCAGUAGUGUUUUAAGGUUCCUGGAUUUAUUGGGUAGUCUUUCUGUAAGUAUUGUUGUACACUCCUCAAUUGUGGCGAGAGUUUCUGGAGUAAGUGCUACUUGGGAUCCCCCUCCCCUUAAGUGAAGAGUGCUGGAGAUUAUGGAAUUUUUUGUAACAUUUGGUUUACUUGCAACAAAGGCCUGGAGUGCCCUCCUACCCAGCCCUGCCUCCUCAGAGUAUUUCUACCCCCUAGCUAGAACAGGUUGUUGAAGAGUGCCUCGUUCUUGCCAAGGUGGAGAAUGCCGGAUGGCGGCCACUAUCUGCACCAGCUGUAGCUUCCAAACUGUCUUCAAGGGGGCAGCCCCUCAUGGAGAGCAUUGCCAUAGCCCAGGUGGAAGGUUGCUAGAGCAUGGACAACUGAAACCACGGUAGAGAGCUGAAGGACAGGCCAUAACUGGUGAAGCAGCCUAGGCUAGGCAUAUGCACCUCUAGCUACAGACUCUACUUGUGGUGCCAGUGACAGACUGGAAUCCAGAAAUAUCCCUGGACUAUGAACCCUUUUCUUCAGAGGGACUACAACUCCUCCAGGAACAUGUGGGGUGAAAUAUGUUGCCCACCAGUUGCUGAUAGAAACCAAGUAGCUGCUUGGGUCUUGGUCCAUUACAGUGCUGCUUUUGCUGCUGCUUGAUAAACAAGUUUAUGACCACAAAGGAGUAGUAGGUGUGUUGUCCCAAGACCCAAUAAAGGGGUAAAAGAAUCCUGAAAACUGCAGGCUGGUCAGUUUGACUUUGAUAUCAAGGAAGACAGUAGAACAGAUUACAACGCAAUCAGUCCAGAAGCAUCUUCUUAACAAUACAGUGAUUAGUAGAAGCCACCAUGACUUUGCCAAGAAUUAAUACCAGACUAAUCUUAUAUCUUUUUUUAUUACUGGAUUGCUAGCUUAGUGCAGGGCUGGCACGCCAACGAGGCAAGAUGAGACAGUUGCCUCAGGGUGGCAGGCUCUGGACAGCCAGGGGAGUGGCUGUGCUUUUUGCCGCCGCCUCCUCCUCCUCCUCCACUGUGGCCUUGCCCACCACUCCGCACCCACUGCCAGCCACUACUCUCUGGUCUCCUUUUACACCCCCCCCCAGUGGGCAAGUAGCAGGCAUGCAGCAGAGGAGGGGGGUGGGCUGCAGAGGAGGAGGAAGUGGGGCAUUUUCUGUUUUGCCUAUAGUGACAAACAUCCUGGGCUGGCCCUGGAUCAGUGCUGUGGACACGAUUUAUCUUGAUUUCAGCAAAGCAUUUACCAAUGAUAUUUUUCGUUAGCAAACUGGUUAAAUGCGGGCUGGGUGAUCAUACCGUCAGCUGCUUGGAGGUCUGCACUCAGACUGUGUUCACCUAUGGUUCCACUUCAAACUGGAGGGAGGUUUUGAGUAGGGUGCUGCACGGCAUUAUCUUGGCCCCUGUAUUUGUCAACAUGUUAAUCAAUGGCUUAGGUUAGAGAUGGGGAGCCUAUUUCAACCAGAGGGCCAGAUUUCAACUUGGCCACUUACUGGGGUCUGCUUUCCAAUGGUGGAUGAAGUGGGCAAGGCAAAAGAAGAACAGAACGGAAAAGCCCGCAGGCGUCUAUCCACCACCUUUUUUCACAAACACACAUGCAUCAGAUAUGCAGCCACACAGCGCUUCCCCUUCUCUCUUUGUCAUGCACACCUCACGCUCCAGAUAUGCAGGAACACACACACACACACACACAGUAUUUCCAGCCCUUUCCACUCCAACACAAAGGUGGGUGUGGCAUGAAACAUCCUGGAGUCUAAAGGCAUUCCAAUAUCACAAUCAGUGGCGGAGCAAGCUGAGCAGGGCCAGCUAGGACAGGACAUUCCACGGGGCCUCCAAGGAGUCUGCCUCCCUCCUCCCUCCCAGCCAACCUACAGCGGAGGGGAAGGCAGCAGGCGGAUGUUUGGGGCAGCGUGGAGCUUGCGGGCACCCAAGCCACCGCGUCACUCCCAGGAGAGACGCGUGGCUCAAGUGUACUGCAGGCCCCGCGGUGAGUGCUACCCGCCAUUUUGUCACACACCCCCAGUGGUGACACCCACUGCAACCCCACUGCACCCCCCUUCCUCAGCCCCUGAUCACAAUGUUCCAGAAUCAUGACGGGUAGUAAAAAGCAAAGCCUCCCAUCCCAGCAUGCUGCCUCCCUACUAUGAAUCAGGCUCCCCUACUUUUGGGGUGGGCGGGGAAGCAAAGUACAUUUUUGCUACAAUUUAACUGCAAGUUAAAUUUGAGCCCCACUUUCUCUGCACAGUGUUCUGUAACCUGGUGCCAUUUAUAUGUUUUGGACUGCGACUCUCAGUGUUGGCUGGGGCUGAUGGGAGUUAUACUCCAAAAACAUCACCACGUUGAGGAAGGCUGUGCCACACCAUUAGUGCUCAACUCUGCCUGUCCCAUCGCAACAAAACUCUGCUCCCAGCACACAGCAAGCAAGACAGCACAGGCAUCUCAUGGCUCCUAGAAAAUGAACAGCAUUUUUUCUGUAUUGGUUAGCCUUGACUACAGAAGCAGCUUUUUUUGCUUGGUCAUCCUGAGCAGGGGGGAAUAAUGCACUCAGCUCAUCCUGGUUAGUCUUAGGAGAGAGUUUCUCUCUCUCUUGGUCCCCUCUCUUUGGGGGUCUAUAUAUAGAUAUGGUACAUUCAUCCCAGCUGUCCCUGCUUAUUCAGAGUAGACUUAGUUUUCUCGUGUUUGGUAAAUCACCAUUCUUGCUUUGCCCCUAUUUUGCCUUUUUAAAAGAUACCUUAUUUAAAUAUUGUUCAUAGAGUUGUCAUUUUUCAGGGUUCAGCUCUAGAACACAAACCUUUGAAAGGGAACUGGGCACAUCUCAUCUCUGUCUGAUGCAUGCAUGUGUGCAUAAAUUCAUGCGCAUCGAUAUUUCAGACUGCAAUCCUAUGCACACUUAUGUGGAAGUAAACUGCAUUGAAUACAGUGACACUUAACUCUGGGUAAGCAUGUGCAUGAUUAUACUGCAUAGUACCACACAGUGCACACAGCCCAUUGGUAACAUACUGUAGAAAGUGAUUAGGCUUUUCCGAUGUAAUUUAAAGGAAAAUGACAAAGCGGCAUUUGAUCUCAAAUCAGCAGAAGGCAGGUUAUGGCACAGUAAAUGAAUACAAGUUACAAGAAGCAGCUGAGAGCAGCCUCUAGCAAUGUGUUCCCCAGAACUGUUUCCUUCCAUGAGCCUACUCCCAGGGUACUUUGGUUCCUACUAUAAUUACAGAAUGCAGCAAUCUAGAUAAACAAAUAAUGCUUGAAUAUUUUUACCACUUGUAUCAGUACAAUACAUUUCAAUGAGAUUAUGUUUGCUAUGUCUUUGUAUAUACUUGGAAAUUUGAGGAUUUCCCCUCAAAUAUAAUUCGGUUACAUUUUUAAAAACUCUCCAUGUGGCCAUUCUCACUAAGACUUCAAAUUUAAAUAAGGAAACAUCCCCAAACCCAAAUACAUUGAAAUUAACCUAUCCCCCCCCAAAAAAAAUUUGACUCUACAUUUCUGAGCUGCAUGUUCAGCUUUUAAACAAGGUGUUUUCUUGUUGAGAUGCCACAGCAAUGUAGCUUGCUUCUCCAAAAUAUUCCCUUUAUAUAUUUAAAUUUUUCCAUUUCUGCUACCCUUUGGGGAAAUAUUUAGGUUAUUCUGUUUUUCUCUUAAUAAAGCUGUUUCAAAACUAUUUAUAUUUAUAUUAUAGUUGGUUUUAAUGGGUGUCAUUGGGGUUCUGACCUUGCUUUUGAGUAAGCAUGCAUAGGAUUGGCCACCAAGGGAUUAUCAUUUAAAUGCUGACAUGAACAGCAAAAAAUGUCAUAACAUUUCUGUGGAGUUAUGUUAUUCAUUCCAAACCUAAGUUCAAAAAAGUAUUCUGUGUUGUUAUUCUUUUGUGAUUAAACUCUCAGUGUAACAAUCAUUGUGGGUCAGGAAUGGAGCCUACUUCCUUACUAAUCAAAUGAGAAACAUUUCAUGCCUGAACUCCAAAAUCCAGGCCCUUGAACUUUAAUGCAUGCACGAGGCACACUUUCAGUGCUGCACAGUUAAUAAUAAUCCUGAAUUCUGAAUCUGAUUCAAAAGGUACUGAAACUUACUUGUUUGUAGGAAACCUGGUGUGAGGAUUUCAGUGUAAUGUGUAGACAUGAAGAAAUAGUCAAACCAGUUCUCUCUCUCUCUCUUUUUGAAAUUGUCUUUCUUUCUUUUGCUGAAAGAAUUCCAAAGAGGUUUACUAUAAGGGAUAAUAAGUGAGAUGAUUAUUAUCUUUGCUGCCAAAAUACUCUAUUUUUCGGGGUGCUCACCCCCUCCCCUUUUCAAAACCAGUGCUUCUUUUCAACGUUAAAGGGCAUGAAAUCUGCAGGAUUGAAUUUUAUGCGUUUUUACCUCUGGGUAUCAUCUAAAAUGCUCCGCUAGCGGGAAUGCUGCCAGUUACUAUGGCAACGCCAGAAUUGUACCGUGCAUGCCCGUAUGUGAUUGUAUUUUGUUCUCCUUGUAGAUGGAGGAGAUCAAAUUUAAAGACAGAGCAGUCUACGUGCUGGAAAGAGAGUUAGGGGUUCAAGCCGGGCAUGCUCAGAGACUUCAGCUCCAAAAGGAGGCUUUAGAUGAACAACUUUCCCAGCUCAGAGAGGCUGACCGGCAUCUGAGCAGCCCCAAGCGGGAACUUCCUCAUGCAAGUGGUGCAGGAGAGACUUCAGAUCAUUCAGGAAGUCCUGUAAGCACUUUCUAGUGGUUUUGCCUGAAACAAACAAAUAUGCCAAAAUCUUGAUGAGUGAGUGCACAUUCUGGCAACAAAUUCUUUUCCCCUCUGGGGUGGUGGCGAGGAAUCUGCAGCCCUCCAGAUGUUGUUGGAUUCCAACUCCUAGCCACCCCGGCCAGCAUGCCCAAUGGUCGGGGAUGCUGGGUGCUGUGAGUUCAGCAGCCUCGGGAAGGACACCGGUUCCCCACUCCUGCUCUAGGGAGAGAGAGCCAGCAGGAUUUCAAACCUAAUUUUGACAUGUGACAGCAUGGUUUUUUGUUUGUUUUAAUUUGCCAGCAGGUUAAAAGAAUUAAAACAACAACAACACACAGCUUACCUUGACAUUUUGCCUUAGUUUGACAGCAUGAAAUGGUUUGUCCGAGACUUACAAUGCAAAUGCAUAACUAAACUGAUUAAUGGGUGUGUGCUAAUUUUGAGGGCUACUUACCAGCAUUGUUGCAAACAACCACAAAACUGAAUUGACUAGCAGGGGGGAAACAGAAGUAGAGAUCAUUCUUAGGCUUCAUUACUAAUAUCACUGAGGUUGCUCAUCAUCACAAAGCUCUUAACUUUAGCCAAUGCUCUUUGCUGUUUCUUCCAUGCUGUUUGCAGUCUCUUCUUCCAUUAUAUCUAAACCCAUUAAAUUUUUAUGCUGGCUUCUUAUGUGACUUUGCCACUUCUCCAGCUUUUGUAUUAAUUUGCUAAUAACAGAGAUUUUUUCCCCCCUGUGACAUUUGUUGAACUUCUUUUCAUUGUUGAUCCUCAUCAAGAUUUCUUUUGUAGUGCUGCUUAAUUUGAAAUGUGGAUGGAUAUAUAUAUAUAUAUAUAUAUAUAUAUAUAUAUAUAUACAUGAGCACAAAAUCUUUUCUGUCCUUUGUUCCAAGCCUCUCCUGCACCUGUUGAAUGAAGAAUCCUAGCACUGUUGAGUGUCAUUAAGGCCAAAUAUAAUCAUUGGUUUGCUUGAAUCAAAGCUCUUAACAUACGUGGUUCCAAAUGAAUCAAAAUAGAUCAAGAACAAAUGAAGAGGAAAUGUUAAUAUAAUGAGAUAACUAUUUCGCUCUUAUUUAAAAAAAGCAAUGAUGCCUACUCUUAUAUCUGUAUUCAUUCUCUAUUUGGGUUAAACAUUUUCACAUGUGAAUUGAUUUUAAAACACAAUCCUCUGAUUUUUUAAGUGACCCAUUUAGAUGCUCAGUUAGAUUCACCGCUCCAUGGGAAAGGAAUUAUGCAAUGGUAGAAUUGCACGUACCUGUUACAUUUUAUAUUUCAGCAUCUCUAUACCUCACAUUACCAUAAAUAAGUUCUAGGCGGCUCAACUGUUUUAAGGCACUCAAUUCAACAGUGGCAAAUACAGGAAACAUUGCCAUAAUUCCCAAUGUUUUCUUUCACAAUUCCCAGUAUGACGUGUGUGGCUUGUUAUCUACAUAUGCAUCCCUUUUUCUUUUGCGUUUGCUUUCUCUUACAUACAUCCUUUCUUCGAUAUCUGUUGGUCUCAUCUUUCAGUAUUAAGGCAUAGGUUACACUAUUGAUUAUAUAUAAUUAGUCAGGAAUGGAUGGAUUCAACAAGGGAAGAAGAUGGGGUCUGUAAAGAGCUCUAAUAUAUAUAUAUUUCCUCUAUGAACAGUUAUUUGCAGUUGUUUUUUGUUUUAGGAACAGCAGUUGGAUGAGAGGGACGCCCGGCGCUUCCAACUUAAAAUAGCCGAAUUAAGUGCAAUCAUCAGGAAACUGGAAGAUCGGAAUGCAUUACUGUCAGAGGAACGAAAUGAGCUUGUAAGAAAUCACUUUUAUUUUUCAUAAAAUAACUUCUGACUGGAUUAUGUAGGGCAGAUCCACUUCAUCUAUAUGCCUCUUGUACUCAGCGCUACAAGAUCCUGGGUCUGAGUUUGGUUUUUUUGGGGGGGCAGAGGGGUGGCACUCUUUUUAAUAAAACGAGGCUGGUCAGAUUUUAUGCUGGAUUCAGCCCUGUUCCUACCAUCCAACCUCUUUACACCUAGGUCUGUUAAGUUUCUGUUUCACUCAGGAGACUUGACUAUUUUUUGUGAGAGCAUUGAUAGCAAGAGGUUGAAGCAACUUAAGAAGUAGGAUAUACGUUCAGAUAUAGAGAAUAUAAUAUAUGAACAUAACUUGGACAAUAAAUGUUGAUGACUUUAUAGUCGUCAAUGAGUUCAUCAAUUUACUCAACUCAUUUCAGAAAGCAACCAUUCAGUCCCCUUCAGCUAUAGAAAGAUGCAAGAAUCUGACACAUAUCUUAGCAAAAAUUGCCUUUCUCCAAAGAAGAUGUUUUUCUAACGUGAAACGUCAUAAUUGCAUGUGGGAUUAGGAAUUUAUCUACAGUAUGCCACCAGCUGAAGUUUGAAUGAAUAAGAAACAUUGAGGCUAACCGAAAGAAAGCUCAGAACACUUUUGAUAGAUGGCUAGGACAAGCCCGUUUUCUAAGGCAGUUUCAAAGUCGCUGAAGGUCCAUUGGUAACCUCUCUCUUUUUGCCACAGGAAGGAAUUUUCGCUCUUUCUUGAAGUGGCCACAAAGAAGCAUUUUUUUCUUUCCUCUUAGUUUCUUUAGUUUUAUAAGCAUUUAGAGCACUAACAUUUUCAAUAAAAAAAAUUAGGCAUCAGUCAAAGAUAAAGCACUUAGAUUACAAUGUGUGGAACUAGGGGCCUACCAGACGUUGUUAGGCUUCCAGUUCCCAUCAUUCCCAGCCAGCACAGCCAAUGGGCUAGGAUGAUGGAAGUUGUAGUCCAACAAGAUCUGGAGAGUUCCCCAUCCCUGCCAUACAUUUCGGUGUAAUUGGAAGUGAAAAGUGGAACAUGGGAAGUUCCCAUGCAUCAGGUCAGACUGUUUGUCCAUCUAGUCCAGGCACCCCUAAACUUGGCCCUCCAGAUGUUUUGGGACUACAAUUCCCAUCAUCCCUGACCACUGGUCCUGUUAGCUAGGGGUGAUGGGAGUUGUAGUCCCAAAACAUCUGGAGGGCUGAGGUUGGGGGAUGCAUGAAUUCUAGUCUAUUAUUGUCUACUCUUGCUGACAGUGCUUCUUCAUGGACUCAGACGAAGACCCAUCUCAUCACCUGCUCCUUGAUCCUUGCCAGUGACUGAAUGUGGAAAUUUUGAAUGCAAAAAGAGUACUCUACCAUUGAGCUAUGGCCCUCACUUUGCUGUAGGCUCAAGUUCUCAGUAUAAUUCUGAUGAAGUCUGCAGAGUUAAACUUCUGGAAUUUCCCCCUCCUGCUUUUAGUUCUUCAGAGUGCUACCCCAUCUCUAUGCAAUCCUAUUUAAAGGCUAGUUAAUGACAUUUACUGUGGCAAACCCUAUAUUUCACCGAGCUGCUGCAAUAAAGCAUGAUGGCAUGUUGGAAAAAUCCAUAUAGAUGAAAUUUAUAGAGGACAUUAGAGCAGCAGUUCUGCAAUAUAAUCUGGGGCCGCAACUGGGGCUUGCAUAUUUGAUGAGGCAGUUGUGAGCACUGGAAGCACGGCCACUUGGCUUCUUUUCCAUUUCCUUAAUAGUAUCCCAGGCUCGCAGGCAUAUAAUCUCCAUCAUAUGUUUCAUUCAUAAAACAAUGCAAGCAUAUCUUCAAAUGGGAUGGUAUUGGUUGCCAUUCCACAUGGCUUUCCCUUAAGAGAAAAAGCUGAGGACAUGUGUCAUUCUUUCUGAAAGUAUACUGCGAAAGAGCCCUGCUCCCUGCUCUUUAAGCCAGGAGACAUAAGAAAUAUCUAUAUUAUUUUUAAACAUAUUGGUAUUUGUGCAAAACGUCUUUGUUUUAAAUUUUGCCAGUGCCCUUUGGCACUUUGACUUUCCACACAAUAUUAAACUUUGCUUUCAUCAAUAGACAGUACCACAAACCAUUACCUGAAUCUGAGCCAAUUCCUUCCAUAUAUGGAAUUCUAAUAGGAUCAAAUUGGACUUCUACACCUAAGACUUUUCAGGUUCACAUGUGAGGCCACUGCCUAACUGAAGCCAAACAGGUGUGAAUGUGGCCGGUGCCUGGAUAGAUGACCACCUUGGUGCCAUGCAAGCUACCUUAGGUUCUAUGAUAGAAGAAAGUAAAUGUAAGAAAACCAAUAUUUGUUCCAAUCUUUCCGAUUAGAAUUUUUUAAUAAGUGGAGCAUUCCACCCAAUGUGUACCAUAUUUCUUUUAUAUUUAUACCAUCAACAUUGUGCAUAUUUCUGACACCUGUGUAAUUUACCCCCCACUUUUCAGCUGAAGCGUCUGAGAGAAGCUGAGAGCCAGUAUAAACCACUGCUAGACAAAAAUAAACGCCUAAGUAGGAAAAAUGAGGAUUUGUCUCAUGCCUUACGUCGUAUGGAAAAUAAGCUAAAAUUUGUCACACAAGAAAAUUUAGAAAUGGUGAGAUAUUUACAUCAUGUAUUCUCCCAGGAAUCCCAUGUUUUACAGUGUUUAAUUUUAUUAUAUUAGCAUUUUCUUGUACUUAUUGUAUUCUGUUUUACACAUUUCACUGAACCCACCUUGGGAUUGCAAUAUGAUGGACAGCUUAUAAAUGAGGUAUAUAAAAUGAAAAAAAAAUCACACAACUUCAUGCAUAUAUGCAAAAUGUCAAAGACUCACAUCAUUUUGCAUAUUCACCCACUGUUAUAUUGAAAAAUAUAAUAAAUGCUGGGAAAGGAUGUGAUUAUAUCUUUUGACUUUCUCUAUAGUUGGAUAAUAAUUUUAUUAUGUUUACUGUUUGCAAAUUAUGUUUUUAUUGUGAUUUUAAAAUGAAUAUGUUGUGCCAUUUUAUGUAAACACUCAAACAAAUUGUUUUUGAUCCAGUGGUAUAUAAUUACUAUUUAAAAAUAGGGUUGUUUUUUUCUUGGAAAACUUGCAUUGUGACAGUGUCUUGCAUAAUGAGGAAGGAUUUGAUGAUGUUUGUUGAAAAGCCACUCUCAUCAGUUGCUCGACAUUUGUUCUGUUUCUUUAGAGACAAAGGGUGAGAACAAUAAGGAGACCAAGCUCUUUAAACGACCUUGAUCAGAGUCAAGAUGAAAGAGAAGUCGAAUUUCUGAGGUUGCAAAUCAUAGAGCAGCAAAAUAUCAUAGAUGAACUUUCAAAGGUAAAGGAAGACUUCACUGCAAUCCUUCUGUAAUUGCCAUGUGGCCUGGCACUGCGUGGACCUAGCUUCACUCUCUGGGGACAACCCCUGGGACUUGUGUGGGGAACUGAGAAGUCAUCACUUAGAAAUAUGAAAGGGGUGGGGGUGAAACCUGUGGCCUCUCAGAUGUCUCUGGGCAGAGAAAGGCCCAAGGUCAUCCAGUGAGUUUCAUGGCUGGGUGAGGAAUUGAGCCUUGGUCUCCCAGGGGUUGACCCUCUAGUCUAACCAGUACCUCAUAAUGACUCUUGAAUAAUAAAUAUACACUUAUUAUUAUGUAAUAUAUAGAGCUGGUUGCAGAAGUUAAAAAAAAAGUAUUGUGAUAUUUUGCUAAAGAAAAUGAGACAAGUGUCCUUUCAUAUAACAAGUUUUCCUAAUUCUUUUAAACUAGACACUAGAAACUGCUGGCUAUGUGAAGAGCGUAAUAGUAAGUAGCAUAUGGGUUUCAUUUUGCUUUUCAUGUGUGCUUAUGUGAACUCUCCAUUGAAUUGUACAGUGAGGUUGUUAUGUUUAAUGGCUUCAUACGUUAAUAUAAAAGAGAUUCUGGUUAGUGUGUGUGUGUGUGUGUGUGUGUAUAUGUACACAGGCGGUGACCAUUUCGCACGAGGGUUUUGUUCCUGGCCCCCACGCAUAUCCACUGGGUGCAUAUAAGCACACCCCACCCCGUUCUGCCCCAUUCCACCUGCCCUUCCCUGCCCUCUUUUCUCCCUGCCCCCAUUCCUCCCCCAUUCUGGAGAUCAAGCAUCAAUUGGAUGCGCCUAAAAUGAUCACCACUUGAGAAUAUAUAUAUAUAUAUUCAGGGACUAGUUUUAGUGCAAGGUUAUUUCAUCACAGAUACCAGCCAAAGAAUUUUGUCCUCAGAUCAGGUGCUUGAAAGUGAAGCUGUGCUUCUUAAAGUUCGCAAAUCAUAUUUUUAUUAUUAUCACUGUCCUUUGAUUUGUAUUCUGAUUUGCCUCACAGAUUACCUGUGCAAUUUAAAUGCCCUGUUCUAUUACAAUUUCACACUUUCCAUAAAUAUAACGGUAUAAGAGACUGACAAGUUCUUAGAUGAAUUGUAUUCAAUCCCAGUUUGUGGAUCUCUAACACAUGCAUUUUGCUUCUGCUUGCAGGAGCGGGAUAAGCUUCUAAGGUAUAGGAAACAAAGGAAGAAAUUCGCAAAAUUUCCCAAGGUAAGAGACUAAGUGGGAAACUAUGUAUUAUUUCAAUACGUAUAUAAUGAUAUUUAAAGAGCCUUUAUGGAGUAAGCCAACUGUGACCAUCGGCUAUUAUAAUCCCUUUUAGCUCACUGCCUAUUCAGACCUCUUCUUUUAGCUGAUCUGCCUAUUGGGCUCCCUUUCUUGUCAUCCCUCUGCCUCCUUGCCUCUGCCUUUUUCAAAUAGGCUCAUUUCCCUCACAGCCACUUACUUUGUCAACAGGACAAAGGACUGACCUGUCCCCUCUCUGCAGUUAGAAUGCCCAUAGCUGAUAGGACAUUGCCAGUCCCCCCCCCCUUAUACAGAUCAAAGAUGAAGAUUAUUGCAAUGAGUUAUGGUGGUGUAUUUAAUUUAUGUAAGGUUUUUACAGCCUUUGUUGAUGAUCAGGAAAUGGAAUUAACCAUGGGGUUGUAUCCAGUGAAAUUUUCCUGUUAGUGCAAGGACUUUCAGCUGUACUACAAUACUUUCUCUCCCUCUUCUCUUCCUGCUUGUCCCCCGGGGCCUCCUAAAUCUGUUAUGGGGGUUUCUCCAACUCUCCAGAGCAGGUGGAGGGGUGUAGGGAGAGGAGAGGAGAGGGAAAGGACUUCCCAUCAUGCAGGAGGACAUCCUUGCGCUAAUGAGAUGCCUUCAUUGGAUACAGCCCAAAGAUGCUACUUGAUGGGUAAUAAGUGUUUACUGUGAUGCAUCAUUCUCCUGGAGGAGCUUCUCAUAAAUUACUAUAUAUCAAGAAAAUGAGAAAGAGAUGAUAUUUGCUCAUAUUAUUCAAACAGGAAGUCUUCACGUCAAAAUUCAUAUAGGAAGGAAGUCUAGUUAUCUUGUAUUGUAAGAUCUGCUUGAUUUAAUAUGGAAAGAUAUAUUUGUAUUGUUCAGUGGCCUGCACUUACACAUUGUCAUUUGGUCAGAAGCCAGUGGUGGAGACAUUUUUCGGGUAUGAUGAAGAAGCUUCCCUUGAGUCUGAUGGCUCUUCUAUCUCAUAUCAAACUGACCGAACAGAUCAAACACCCUGCACACCGGAUGAUGACUUGGAAGAGGUAAUUGUCACACAUUGUCCAGUGGUUUGGGUACUACUACUACUAGCUUGUGUCCAACUACAUUAUACUCAGAGAAUAGACCAAGUGAUGUUGAUGGACCUAAGUUAAUCACUAAUAAUACAUUUCUCAAAUCUGUAGCUUAUUACUACUAAUAGAGGUCCUCUUUAACCUGGGGAAAAAUCUGGAACGAGAACAUGGAAUCUUUUAUUCCCUUAUAUUUGGUGUAAGGGUUGAUUUGCAUCAGAUGUACUGGACGCUAGCUCAAACAUGGUUAUGCCAUAAUCAGUUUGUUAGUCUUUUAAGAUGCUACAGAACCAUUUCUUAUGGUUAUGUUUCCUUGGUUUGUUCACAUGGAUUUGAUAGUAGCAUAGAUAUUGCACAAACUCAAAUGGUUAAGCCCAUAAGAAACGUAGAAUAGUUUUGUGUAAAUCUUGUCAAAAUGUUCUAUCCUAGAGGAGAGUUGACUGUCUGUAAAGGCCGUUUAUGAAUUCCAUUGGGUUUUUUUCUCAGGAGAAUUAUAUUCAUAGUUCAAUCUGGCAUUUCCUUUUUUUUAAUUAUUGUUGUUGCGCUUUAGGGCAUGGCCAAAGAAGAAACAGAACUGAGAUUCCGGCAGCUGACGAUGGAAUACCAGGCCUUACAGAGGGCAUAUGCUCUGCUGCAAGAGCAGGUUGGAGGAACGUUGGAUGCAGAACGAGAAGUUAAGGUCUAAAUGGCUUAUAUUACAUGAAAAUAAAGGCUUGUAACUAUAUAAUAUUUCCUGCUAGUCUAACCCUUAUAACAGAGGUACUCGAUCCUUUCUGGGUGAGAAAUAAUGGAUAUCCUAUAGUUCAGAGGUGGAGAAAUGCAUCCCUCCAGACACUUGUUGGACUUGAACUGCCAUCAGCCCCACAGGUUUCCCAUCCCUGCUUAAGGUUAAGACAAUUUAUGAUUGCUUACCUGAGCAAAGACUCUGAAAAAAGUAUAGAUGACAUGUAUAUUUUAAUGUUUAGGGACGCGGGUGGCGCUGUGGGUAAAACCUCAGCGCCUAGGGCUUGCCGAUCGCAUGGUCGGCGGUUCGAAUCCCCGCGGCGGGGUGAGCUCCCGUCUUCGGUCCCAGCUCCUGCCCACCUAGCAGUUCGAAAGCACCCCUAAGUGCAAGUAGAUAAAUAGGGGCCGCUUUAUAGUGGGAAGGUAAAUGGCGUUUCCGUGUGCUGCGCUGGCUCACCAGAUGCAGCUUGUCACGCUGGCCACGUGACCCGGAAGUGUCUCCGGACAGCGCUGGCCCCUGGCCUCUUAAGUGAGAUGGGCGCACAACCCUAGAGUCGGACACGACUGGCCCGCAUGGGCAGGGGUACCUUUACCUUUACCUAUAUUUUAAUGUUACCUUAUCACUGUGGGGACCACUGCAGAGCAGUUCCUUUCACUCAAGUAAUGUCCAGAGUCAUAUGGGAGGUGUCCAUGGUGCUAUUCCUCUCUGCAUAUCAGCAUUUCAUCAAUUUCUGAAGAAUAAUAAUGAUAAUUUAUGAGAAGGCGAUGCCGUUAGGGAAAGGAAUUCAGUUGUCAACUCACCCUACAAGACUUCAGACUAUUACUGGAACAGCACAGGGAGGGAAAUACCCUACAGCAGCAGCCAUAUCACUAAUGUAGCAACGGAAAGGAGCCUUAGCUUCAUAAAGUAUUAUUUGUGGUACGUUAUUAUUAUUCACUAGGUAUCCAUAAACUGUCCAGAACAGGGCAGGGGAACCUGUAGUGGACCCCAACUCCCACGAGUCCCAGUUAGUAUAGCCAGUGCUCAGGGAUGAUGGGAGUUGCAGUCCAACCACCCUGAUCUAGAAUUACAAUCCAUCAAGAGCAGCCAUGACUAUAGUCAUGUUCAGAUGCUCUUUUUCUGGAUUAAAUCAACAUGUGAGCAGAGAGAGAAGGGAUGAAUGUGCUUGUGUUGCCCCUAUGCAUAUCUGCGUAGAAAUAAGCCCCACUGAAUGCAAUGAUUCACUACUUUCAGUGGGACUUAAACCUUAUACAGGUGUUCCUUUUCUGAGUUGAGCCUAUAUGUGAGAAGGGAGAGCAGGGCUGAGUGCAAUAGGUCCACCCUCUUGCACCCUCCAUGAACAGGAUGGUGACAAUCUACAGUGUGGACCCUGCUGCAGUUGGGUAGGUUCCCCUCAUGAUGUAGAACACCAAAUGCAGUGGGACUUGCCUAAUUCAUUGUGCUGUUAAGUUGCAUUUCUUUCAGUGAGAGUGAGUCCUGAUUAACUUGAGAUAAAUUGGCACCUUAAAAAACUUAAGGCAGACCCUGUUUUCAGGUUUGUGGUCUUAACUAGAAUAGUAGGAACAUGUGGGAACUACAAGGGAGAAGUACCCAUAUUAAGGGGGACAACCAUCCAAGCUAAAGGUAGAAGCCAUAUAGUGACAAGGUGAAAUGAUGUCUGGGUAGAAAGCUAAAGUGCAGAAAGUUGAGAAACAGCUUAAAAUGAGUUUCAGUGUGCUCCUCAUUUUCAUUCUUCCACUUUACCCCACUCCCUUCUUUUAGUUAUCAGUGAUAAAUUAUUUUGGGGGAGGUUUUCCUGGGCAGAAAGUUGUUUAAUGUGACUCCGAUCUGCUGUGAAUUCAUAAUGUGCCUACGAAACCAUCUAAAAUACUAAACUCAACUUUAUGGUCUCUCAAAUCAGUCACAUUGUCCACUCUUGUGCUGAAGGAAUAGAUUGCUGAGAAACCACAUCUAGCGCAUUUUUAUUUUCAUGCUUCUCGUCAGCCUAAAAAAAAUGAUAUAUGAAAAAAACAUUGCCGUUGAGUGCCAUUACUAUGGAAAUCUGUUAGCAAUAUCCUUGAAUAUAAAAUGCUCACAAGCCUUUACUAAGAUUACGUAUUCACAGGUUUACACUUGUAAAAGAGAUGCAUUUCCUUACAAGUAUCUGAAUAUUUAAAUUGUGUUUUGCCUUCUUUGAGCACACCUUGCAAGUAACAAAACCUUAUACCACAGAUGGGAAACUUGUGAUCCUCCAGAGGUUGGUAGACUCCAGCUGCUAUCAUCCCAGACCAUUGGCUGACACUGAUGGGAGUUGGAGUCCAACAGCACCCAGAAAGUCAAAGGGUUUUGCAUCUCUGUCUUAUACAUAUGUCUAUAGCAGUAUACAUUCUCACCUAUUACUAUAUAAUUGGGGGGUGGGGUUGCACUGAAAUGCACUGUUUGAAAAUCAGCUUGAAAGUUGUAAUAUGAUUUAGUCUGGGGAGAAAUUGACCAUGGAUAUCCAAUACUUCAUGCUCAACACAAGACCACUUCUUAAAUCAGUAUCCCCACCUCAAAAGUAUGUUUUUAUUUAAAGUCCACUGUUGGGCAAGACCUUUAGGACAAACCAAAAAGUUGAAAAAAUGUGGCAAGUUUUCCAGUUCACCAGAACUUUUUCAGGCAAGAUGGUACACACAGCAUGAGAUGCUGAGACAAGGGAAAUUAGAAAGAAAUACACCCCUAAAGUACCCAGAUUAGGCUGGCUAUUGCAGCCCUGAGGUCAGCUUGUAGACUCAGUUCCAAGAUGGAAAUUACUGGCUUUCAUAAUGUGUGAAACAACUACCUGCAAAUUGCAGUUCAAAUUGUCCGAGUUCAUGGAUCAGCAUUUGGGUGUUAUUGUGCAAUCCUGGGCUAUUCAGAUGGGUAGAACUGCAUUGUCCUUGACAUGAUAGCUAUCAGAGAAAGUUUGACGUUUCUUCAAUCCCAUCCUACAGACUCGUGAGCAGCUUCAAGCAGAAAUCCACAGAUCCCAGGCUCAGAUAGAUGACCUAGAAAAGGCACUAGCGGAGCAAGGACAGGUAAUAAAUGCAUUGUAUCAAAUGCAUCAUAGCAGUCCAGUAUUCAGUACAUGUUUAGCUAUGUGCAAAUACAUCCACCCUCAUGUAUUCCUUGGCCUGCAGCCUUCUUCAUUCAACGUUUUCCUUUUAAGAGUUUGAGAAACUUGUUCUUGUAAUCAGUCCUGACAGAUUUUCUCAAGGCUUCCAAGCCACAGUCCAGGCACCUUCUAGGUCCUUUCUUGGGCUGAUUUACUGGAAUAAGUUUAACUCCAAGAUUUACUUCUACAAGUCUGGCUUCGAUUGGGUUAUAUAUUUUGAGGGCAGCUCAAUAUUUAAUCUCUUGCACCUAGGUUUGAGGUCCUAAUCUACCAGACUCUCCACAAUUCUCUGGUUUUGGCAGGUUUAUUACUUAACUGUGGUAGUAUACAUUGCAGGGGCUUUCCCUAUCCUUCAUUCUGGCUUUUUGGCACUUCUGAUCCUCUCCCUAUGUGUUGAGCGUAUAAUUAAUCUAACGGAAGGCUCCAAAAACAAGAUGAUAAAGCACUCCAGAAAUAGUUCGUUUCACUGCUGCACUUCUCAAGAGAGGCAGCCUACGUGCUAUUUAAAAAGUGCAUUGACUCAACACAGUCAGGAAGCCAAUGUCCUGCUCACAAUUCUCUCCUGGGAAAUCAUAUGUCAUCAUUGAUUUCUGCCCCUGGCUGUGUUCACAUGUAAGCAUGUAGACAUGAAUGUGCUGGCUCCUGGGGAGAGCACUGAAGCCACUUUGCUCCUCUUCAGUCCUUUCAGCUUAGCACAGCAGCUAAGCCAAGGUUCUCAGCUCCAAGAUUUGUUUUUGGCUUCAGUUCCUGGUUAAGGAGGAAAGAAUUUAGUCGUGUUAAGAUGACAUGGUAAACUAAACUUUGGCUCAGUUGCUGCACCAUGCUGAGCUAAGAGGCCCAGGGACAAGCAAAGCAGCUGUGAGUUCCUCCUCUCCUAUCUUGGUAACCAUUGGAUGAACCAAGCCAGUGUUAGGAAUUGAAUAUUGCCAGUGUUUUUUCAGUAAUAUUAAUGUGUUUUUUCCCCCAAGGAUAUGAAGUGGAUUGAAGAAAAACAAGCAUUAUACCGAAGAAAUCAAGAGCUUGUAGAAAAGGUACAUUUUUGGACACUUCUAUUCAGAGAAUAAAAAUCCAAUACUUACAUGCAAAAGUGUAAUCAAAGAUUAAUAAUAAAGAACAUUUGCAUCAUAUGUGAACUAAAAGGGAGUUUAAUGGACUAGGUGUGUAUUAGUUUUCAUUAGAACAAGAAAAGAUGGUAUUCUUCUCAUGAAGUACGUAAUACUUUAUGUAUGUAAUAUCAUAAAGAGUAAUCCCUUUGCUUUUCCAGAUAAAACAGAUGGAGGUAGAAGAGGCUCGGUUAAAGCAUGAUGUUCAGGAUGCUAAAGAUCAAAACGAACUCUUGGAAUUUAGGAUAUUAGAACUGGAAGUGAGUAUGGGCCACAGAGCCUUUCCAGUUUGCUUUGUCGUAAUGAGAGGUGGGUAUGCAUAGCUGUAAACUGAGCAAUCGGCAACAAACACCAGUGUAACUACAGUGAGUUCUUUCAUGAAGCAAGAGUGACAGAUCUGUGCUGCAUGUCAGCGGCAAUCACACUUUUAACAACUUGGUGGCAAAUAUUGCAGAACAUCUGCCUUUGUGCCGAGUCAGAUGGCAUCGCAGUGUCAGAAGAGCUUUGGAGAUAAUGUACAAGUAACUAAUGCAUGCCAAGCAUCACUUCCAUCAUGCUCUCCCUUGGUCGGUCCUGCACCACCCUUUGCUACAUCUGCAGAUGUAAUAGUAGUGACUUGCUGAAAUGCAGCACCAUGAAUGAUAGUGUGAGUCUGCUCAACAUGCAAGCUGAACACCCCCUGGUUGUGACAUGAUGCUACUGCAGUGAUCCUUUUAAUCAAAACCCCAGGCUGUGUGCACAAUAUACAUUAAUGUGGCAUUUCCCACCCACCCCAAAUAAUUAUAGGAACUGCAGUUUUCGAAGAGUGCUGAGAAUUGUAGCUUUGUGAAGGGUGAACUACAGUUUCCAGGUUUCUUGUGGUGAAGGCAUGUGUGGUAUGCCUGCAGCCAAAGCCGACCAUUCUCUAGCUCUACAGCAACAUGCUGAAAUCUUAGCCUGUUUAAUAAUGCCUUAUGAUGUGGAAAAGUACUGUUCAAACCUUCAGAAGUGUGGGUAAAAAUAGUGAUAGUUCAGUUAUAAAGAGCGCAUAAGCAGACAAAGGGAAAUGGAGGUUAAAUGGACAAAGAAACAAAGCCAUGUUAACUGUUGGUCCUGGAUCAUACAGCUUAUUAUUUAUAGUAUUUUAUAGUCUGGGUUUUGGGGGGAUUUUUCUAUUUAAAAUUGUUUUUAUUUGCUAGUUUUUAAAUAUCAUCUGCACUCUAUAUUGAAUUGUUGUACAUUGACAACAGCCCUUGACUCUUUGUUGUUUUAGAGUCUGGCUCCUUACUAUAAUCUACUUUGAGAUGUUUUAUAUAUAGGAAGUGAUCUGUAUGUUUACUAAAUAAAUUAACCCAACGCAGAUGCUUUGUGGACUCCGCACAUCAACAGGAUGCAAUAUUCACCUGCAUUAUCUUAAUUAGAAAGUGUAGGAAGAUAUUAAAAACACCAUACUUCUUUUAUACUAGGAGAAAAAAUAUAACAUUGAAAAGUUUAAAGGGGUGCUAAAUGGUAGAAAAAUGCAUGUUUUGCAUACAAAAGUUCCAAGGUUUAAUCAUGGGCAUUUCCAGUUCAAAAGAGCAAGUAGCAGCUCUUGGAAAAUACCUUUGUCUAGGUCCCUUGAGGGGAGAUGGAAGGAUCUGCCAAUUUUGAUUCUUUCCAUUUCUCAUUUUCCCAAUCUGAAAUUCAGUUUUCCAUGUUUUGCAGCCAUUUCUGGUUUGUUUUUUAAAAGCUUUAUGAAAAUUCAGCGGCAUUUUAGUGAAAAUUUCUCUGAAUAAAAUUUCACCUAAUGUAUACGUUGUUGUUUUUUGGCUAGCAAUUUCCCCUGAUAUCAUUUUUAUGCUUACUUUCUCCUUUACCCCCUAGCAUAUGCAUUUUUGUGAACAUUUUGUUCCGUUGAAUUUUUUCAUCGCAAAAUUCAGAUAGGUGCAACUUUUGAAGGAUAGCUGUGUUUCGGUUCACACAUUGUUUCAGAAAGUGUGAGUUUGAUAGAUUUAGCUUUAAAUACACAGUGAAUCAAAUUUCUCUGCCAUCCAUACUGGAGAGGCACUGCUAGUCAGAGUAGAAUACUGGGCUUGACAAACAAAUCGUAUCGUCAGGUAUAGUGCCACUUCCAAAGGCCUUGUCUCUCCCUAGCAGCCCAGAAUUGAAUUUAUGUCACAUAUUUCUCUGUUAUGCUUCCCAUCACCACUGUGCAUGCACAGUGUUGAAUGACUGGUAAGGAACAGUCCAUUUGUUUGUGCACUUCAGACAGAGCAGAGUGACCAAGACACUCCUUAAGCCCAUAUUAGCUAAGGUGCUUCUCUACAUAUGUUAGCUGAGGACCAGGCAACUUCCAGAAUAUUUUUGCAAAAUAAUGACUGGAGACAAAAAGUCAAGAGUUUUGGGAUUUCCAUUAAAAUAUAUAUAGAAACUCAAAUUUGUGUUUUUUUAUUACUGAAAAUGCAACGGAUGAAAUGCUUGGAUUUCCCCGUUUGUCAUUGCAUAUUCUCGCUAUCCAACUUUUGCUCUAUGCCUGAGUUUCAGCAACUCCGAGAAGGAGUUUCUUAGAUUAAAGGUUCUGCAAUGAGCAAUCGUUUUUUGCCUGUACCAUUUAUACACCACAUUUGUACUAUUACAUCACACCAUCACACCUCUUAGAUCAUGGGUAGGCAAACUAACGCUCAGGGGCCUGAUCCGGCCCAAUUGCCUUCUAAAUCUGUCCCGCGGACGGUCCGGGAAUCAGCAUGAGUCAAAUGUGUGCUUUUAUUUAAAAUGCAUCUCUGGGUUAUUUGUGUGGCAUAGGAAUUCAUUCAUUUUUCUUUCUUUCAAAAUAUAGUCCAGCCCCCCUACAAGGUCUAAGGGAAAGUGGACCGGCUCUUGCUGAAAAAGUUUGCUGACCCCGCCUUAGAUAUAUCUCAAAGUAGCCAAUGCUUCUCCUUCUAUACAGAUUCCAAAUGAUUGACAGUCACUCUCUUGCAUAUUUGGCUUACGUAUGGUUUAUAUUUAUGAAAGCUCAUUCUUAAUUAAGCUGAUGAGAAAGCAACACAGUUUUGGUUUGAUUACAGGAGCGAGAGAGAAGAUCUCCAGCUAUCAAUUUUCAUCACAUUCCUUUUACUGAAGGGAAAAGCCCCCUCCAGGUCUACUGUGAGGCAGAAGGAGUAACAGUAAGUCAUUCUUAUUUUCUUUUUUCUGUGUUACUGCUUCAUCUCAACAAAGCAUUGUACAUUUUUCUGAUAUUCUGUGCCUUGUGUACCUCUCUCUUGUUAGGACAUACUAGUAGCAGAGUUGAUGAAAAAAUUGGACAUUUUAGGGGAUAACGCCGUAAGUGUAUGUUCAUUUAAUAAAUUGUGCAUGUUCCUACUAGUAUGUUUUGUCCUUUUGUCCAGAUAGCAUUAAAUAACCUCAAGCAUCUUUUAAUUAGCAUCCAUUUUUUAAAAAAUGCUUUUCUUACAUUUUGUUUGGGACAAGUCAAUACAGGUCAAUAUUUGCAUGCCCUUUGCUAUUAUAUGCCAAUAAGGUCCUUUAUGUUUUUCCCCACACCACCUUAAUGUUGGCUAUUUAAUUUUACGCUACUUUUCUUAAAAAAAGCAAAAUCAAUUCAUGAGUGGGCACGCGCUUUCUAUUUCCCCCUAACGCUUUCCCGGUCUUUGUUUUUUGCUUCUUUUGACAAGUAUUUUAAUAAUUUUGAGAAUUUCACUCUGUCAAACAGAAUAGAGCCUAAGGUGAACUAAAUUUAAAUUUCUUUAAAAAAUGGUACAAAAUUGUGCUACAUAAAUUCUUAUUUCCUGGUCAAACUCUUUAGCUUACUACUGAUCCUGUGCAAGUUACAAGUGAAUUCUGCUGGACUGCUUGUUGGUUUAUUUGAUGAUCCGCACAAAGAUGGAGCCUGGCUGAUUUCAUCACUCCCAUUGAAAUCAGUGGGAUUUAAAAGCGCUGGCAUUUGCAUCUUUGUCAUUUGCUGUCUAUUUCAGGAGUUGCUGGCACCAUGGGGAAAGGCCACUCCACCUACAGCAGCAUUGCUGCUACUUACUGGGGGCGGGGGCAAGGCAGUGGUAAGCUUGGGGCUGUGUGGGCACACCAGUGCAAAUGCUGGACUGGCUCCACUUGCGCAACUGCAUGCUGCCAACCCUUCUGCUACUCAGCCCUGCCCUCGUGCCAUCCCUGAAAGUGGGAGCAGCGGCACAACACCACCCACUACUGCUGGCUUCUUCUGUACAUCAUGCUUGUAGAUCUGAGUUGCAGUUCUCUUCUGUAUACUUACGAUUUCUCUAAAGGAGCAGUGUAGAAGACUUUGGCUAUGUGUAGAACCUCCCUGUGUGCAAAAAAAAGUGCUCUUUGGGAAGCAGGUCUAGGUCAUGUGAGGCAUGGAGCUGCUGUAUCUCCAUAAGUCUUUUUCCUUUUGCUCCAUAAUAUCUAGGUCAGAGAGUGGGGACCUGUGGCCCUCCAGGUGUUGUGGGACACAAUUCCCAUCUCAUCCCUGAUCCUUGUCCUUCCUGGCUGGGGCUGGUAGGAACUGAGUCUGACAACAGGUUCUCCCUACUUGAUCUAGGAAAACACAGCGUGCAAUGUGAUGCCACCAUGCCAAGAGCUGCUCUGCUCUCCUGACAUAAUUUGGCUAUGGCAAAAAGAUGAAAAGGCCUGUGCUCUGAUGACAAUUCUGUUUUGUUCUUGCUGCAGAACCUAACGAAUGACGAGCAAGUAGUUGUUAUACAAGCGCGGACUGUUUUGACACUGGCCGAAAAGGUAAUGAACAUGGUUCCCCCAUCCCAUUCUGAGAGCUAUUCAGUGAGCACUUUCUCUGGUAUAGCACAGUCAUGAUCAGUGGGAGUAUAGUGGUAGGGCUGGUAUUUUCCCACUCCUCGUCCACCCUGCAUUCAAAGCUGUUUCUAAGAUGAGGAAUGCUUCCAUACAGGUUUAUUGUGAAAUUGGUACUUUUUACACAUGCAGGCUUUUUGCAGCACCCACAAUGUUAUUGGCCUAAAAAUGCUAGCUUUGUUCAUGCCCCCCCCCAUUUAAUUCAGAUUUACCCUUUAUGGGGGAAAUCAAAUAAGUAAAAAAAACAAAAACAAACAACAACAGCCCUGGUACCAAUGCCCAAUAUGCAGUAUGUCAACAAUUCAUUUGAAAAUUAAGGAAGCACCCCUGGACUACACAUUACUUAGUAGAUGCUGAUUGAAAUGGCCCCCAUGCAUUUCUCUUCCCCAUGCCACCACCGGAACAUGUAGAAUAGUGCAUCAGAAGGCAAUUUCUUCCCUCAAGGUGAAGCAUUUUUAUACUAGCACUACAAUGUGUAGCACAUAUAUUGGGACACUCUUGUUCUCGAAGAAGAGCUACAGAGAAUCAUAGACAUGUAGAGUUGGAAGGGAUCUUGAGGGUCCAACCCCUGGCAAUCCAGAAAUCUUGCCUACAGCUGUCCCUGGGUGGGCCCAAAUUACCAACCUUCUGGUUCACAGUCAGACGCAGAUGGUGCUGAGAUGAUGCCCCUAGGGUGGCCAUUGCAAUUGGCACCUGCAUGAUUAAGGCAACAGUAAGCUAAAGAAUAAGGGACGCAGGUGGCGCUGUGGGUUAAACCACAGAGCCUAGGGCUUGCUGAUCAGAAGGUUGGUGGUUCAAAUCCCUGCGACAAGGUGAGCUCCCGUUGCUCGGUCCCUGCUCCUUCCAACCUAGCAAUUCAAAAGCACGUCAAAGUGCAAGUAGAUAAAUAGGUACCGCUCCUGUGGGAAGGUAAACAGUGUUCCCGUGCGCUGCUCUGGUUCGCCAGAAGUGGCUUUGUCAUGCUGGCCACAUGACCCGGAAGCUGUACGCUGGCUCCCUUGGCCAAUAAAGUGAAAUGAGUGCUGCAACCCCAGAGUCGUCCGAGACUGGACCUAAUGGUCAGGGGUCACUUUACCUUUACCUUUUAAGCUAAAGAAUACCUUAUGAAUUGGUUAACGUUGUAAAGGGUCAUUUCCAUUUGAAUGCUAUUCCUUAGAAAUGUCUAUGACAGUUGAAUUUAUACAAGUGGGACCUGUAACGAACGGGCACAGUGUGGAGUACUCCUGUUCAUUGCGCCAGCACACACACCCCUCCAAUUUCUGUUCCCCUACCUUAUACAGAUAUUCAGCAUUCUUUGGCCAUGAGCAUGCUCAGUUCUUGUGAGUUGAUUUCAUGUUCUCCAAAGCAUGCUGAUAGCUCUCUUUUGUCCUUGGUAGCCCCAUUUUGACUACAUAGCUGUCAUAACUCAGCACUUCAUUUUGCUCUUCAUAAUGCCCUAUGGGCAGCAGUCUUAAGCACGGUCAAGACAAGGGGUAGGGAUCUUUUUUCAGAACAAUGGCCACAUGCUCACCCGGACAAUCUGAGGUUCCACACUUCUGUUCAACAGCAAAUGCAAUACUCAGAAUAUCCUCAUUGCAUUCUUGGUAAUCAUUACCAUACUCAAGGAACUAGUUGAUCAUUUUGUUGUCUUUUGUUUGUGGUUUAUAAGCUAGCAAUAUACUGGAACAUCUUUGUUUUGUGUCUAAUUGAUCAGUAAUAUGAGAGCAAUAAUAAAAGAGAACUUCUGACAACUACUCAUUUGUCAAAUCUGCAUAUCUGACUUGGAUUUUUUUCUCAUCAUGUCUAUGUAGUGGCUGCAGCAGAUAGAAGUAACAGAAUCAGCUCUACAGCAGAAGAUGAUAGAUCUAGAAAACGAAAAGGUAAUACAAGAACUUAUACAAAAAAUUAAAAAUGAAUCCCACAUAGCACAUAGAAAAAUAGCCAGUAUAACCGAAAUCUCUUUCCAUCUUUAGGAACUAUUUAGUAAACAAAAAGGAUAUUUGGAUGAUGAACUUGAUUACAGGAAGCAGUCCUUAGACCAAGCACAUAAGGUAAGUUGAAUUCUUCGAAUAUUCAAGCAAUCUGAAUGAGAGUGACCAUUCCAUAUUGCAUCGGCUGAUAGAAGCCUUUUAGUUAAAACUGAGUUGAAGAACAGAUGUUAUAGACUUGGUUUCAUGACUUAAUGGAGUAUUUCAUCCAAAAUAAGUCCUAGUUACUCUCUGAUUGUGCCAUGAAUCUUCAAAGAAAGAUUAUGAUCAACUUAGUCAGCACUAGGGAAUACAGGAUACUCCUUUAACAAACUACUCUUUGUUUUAGGAACUGCAUUGCUGCUACAAUUUCUCUUAAGAGAAAUACCGGAGUUUGAACUAAGGCAGUUUGCAAAUGCCCUUUCGUGUUAAGAAGAGACAGUGAUUCUGAGUACAUGGUGAAAGAGAUCAUGAGAGGUGGUUUGGUACAAAAAGCAGGAAGGGGUUUUCCCCCCUGGCAUUAAGACAAAAUGAAAGGGAAAGUUUUCCAUACUUAAUUUCUUCCACUCUGCUUUCAAAGGUACAAAAGCUGGAUCAGUAAGAAUGUUGGCAACAAGAAGCUUAUCGCUGCAAGCCUGAGAAGUGUCCAUUGAUAGACAUAUCUGAGGGGCAUAACAUAGCUGAUUAACCCUCUGUGCUCCCUCUUUCUAGCACAGAGACUCAGGUUAUCAUGCUUCCACGUUAUUAUGCGCACAUAACAAUAUAUCAGGGAUUAUGAACUGAUGUGUGAAAUGAAAGCUCCCUGCAGACUUUGCCUAACGCACAGAAGGGAUUUCUGCAUUAUCUUAGACAGGGCAACACCACAGAGCAUUCUCUAUAUUAUUGUCGGAGAUGUGGCAGAAAUAUGGAAAUCAUUUCAUAUCAAACACAUUCCACCCACACCUUUAAAAGUGAGAGGAAGAGGCUUAUCCAGAAUACUCCGAGGACUUUUAUUCCUCACGAAUAAAAGGCUCUCCCUGCUAUCUAUGCGUAUUCCAGUGAAACUAUCUAGUGGGUGGUGGCUGGUGACAAGCAGUCAUGGAGGCAUUUGUUGUUUUCUAGGACCUAGUGCUGCUUGUUCAACAAUGCAUGUCCAUUUAAAUAAAAAUAGAAUGAUUAGGAGUUUAACUGGAAGUCCUCAAUUUAGGCAGACAUGGCAUGACCCAACAACCCACCGCUCUUGCACAGCUAUAUCAGCAGCAAAGUAAGACUUUGAUGUGCAAAAUGGGUCUCCUUCUUGCACUCAGACACUAUGUUCUCUCCAGAGCUCCCCCCCUAAUUCCAUUGAAUUUAUUGCUGUUGUCAUUUCAUUUAUGAAUCUCCUUUUUCAUAAUAUGUCUCAAGGUGAUCUGCAGUCAUAAAAUAAAAUAAAAUAAAAUAAAAUAUCAGUGGAAGUAGUUUUUAAACAGUACAGAACUGCCCCCCAAAAUAGAAAGUGAAUAUUUAAGGCAGAGACCUUUUCACCCUGCUGGAAAAGCUUCUUGAAACAAAAAUGGCCUAUGUUGAUUCCACAAAGCACAAACAGUGUGUGCCUGGGGAUGCUGUUCCACAGAACAGGGGCAGCCACACUGAAAACUCUGCCCCAAGUUUCUGUGGAGUGGACUUCUGAUCUCUUUGGAACCUUGAGAAGAAGCUUUCUGACAAACCACAGUAACCUACUGGGUAUAAAGGGGUAAGGGGGGUUCUCAAGUAACUUGGAGCUGAGCUGCAUAUGUUUGUGUCUUCCAUGUCAGUACCAACACCUUGAACUUGACAUGGUAUCAGACUGGCAGCUAGUGCAAUUCCUUCAAGCAAGGCGUGAUAUGCUGCUGCUGGUUUGCUUUCACAAGCAAUCUGUCGACCAUGUUUUGCACUAGCUAUUGAAAUCUCCCUCUUCACCACACCUUACCCAAUGGAUAUUUCAGAACCACUCUCUUGCUAGACUCAAGGUACUUCCAAAUGGGGGCUUAAUACUGCACAAAGGACUUUCAGUUAUUAGGAAAAGGGUUUUGGCAGCUGGUUUUCUUUUAAAAAAAAACUUAGCAGAUUUUCCACAGAAAGGGCAAAACCAGAUUAAAUUAGUUAUGAACAGGGUCUGAUAUUUGGGUGCCGAUGGUAUUGUACGAGGUGAAUAAAAACUGGCUUUCAUGAGCACAAUAAGCAUCCACAGCAAAGGAACAAAAGGGAAAACACCACAGAGCAAGUAUUGCAAGAGCAUAAUGCAAAUAACAAGCCUCACAGUGAACAAAUCAUUUCCCCCUUUCAUUUAGCACAUUUUAGAAUUGGAAGCCAUGCUUUACGAUGCCCUGCAGCAGGAAGCGGGAGCCAAAAUGUCCGAAAUCCUCUCAGAAGACGAAAGAGAGAAGCUGAAGAAUGCUGUGGAACAAUGGAAGCGUCAGGUGAUGAGCGAGCUCCGCGAAAGGGACGCCCAGAUCCUCCGUGAACGAAUGGAGCACAUUCAGCAUGCGCAACAGGUAGGCUUUGGGCAGGAGGAAAUGGUCCAAUGCUUCUGAAUACCCCUUGCUGGAAACCAUAGGAGAGGAGAGUGCCAUUGCGCUUGUGUCCAGCUUGCAGGUUUCCCACAUGCAUCUGGGUGGCCACAGGUUGCUGGACUAGAUGGGCCCAUUGGCCAGAUCCAGCAGGACUUUUCUUAUGUUCCUAUGUUGAAGAAGCUCCCUCAUGCAGAGGAAAACCUGUGAAAGAGGUGCACUGGCUUUUCAUAGCACCCGAGUUUCUUCCGCCCUGUUAUAUAGCAACAACUCAGGACCAAGUUACUUGAAAGACUGUCUGCAGCCACAGACCUGUAAGUUCAUUCAUGUGAACCAAGGCUCUGGAGGUAUUGUGAAAUUUAUCAGAAUUUUGUACAUAUCCAAGGAAUCAGAGAUGUCUGCAUCACAGCCCCUAGCUAAGCCCCUUCCUGAAGUGUUUGAAAAGUUGUUCAGGUUAAAAUGUUACUCCCCAGAAUGGUAGUAUUCAUGCAGAAUUUUACUUUUCACAGAGAAUUAAAGAGUUAGAAGAAAGAAUUGAAGCUCAAAAAAGACAAAUAAAGGAAUUAGAAGAAAAGGUAUGUAUAGUAAUGACAACCCUGAAAUAUGUGAAUGAUAAGGUGUGCCUAUUGCAGUAGGAUUUGUAUAUAACUAUUUGCAGCAGCCUCAUUUAAUGCUAGUCAUUUUCCAAAUGAUCUGGUUAGACGGAGGAAUUGCCUUGAUCAUUACCUGCUCAGUCACAAGUGUUAUGAAGAACAUUCAUACGGGGUUGUAGAAAAGGGGUGGUUUCUUCCUCAAUUGGCAUUUUGGCUUCUGGAAGUCAAAUCAUGAUUCUUCAAGCAUAAAUAUGUUUUCAUAUAAUUUAUUUCAUUCUAGUUUAUGUAUGUAGUAGUUAUGGUAUUGGCCUAGGACUUGGGAUACAAUGGUUUAAAUCCCCACUCAACCAUGGAGUUCUCUGGGUGACCUUGGGGCAGUCAAUCUCUCUCAGCCUAAUCAACCUCUGUUGAUUUGGACUGUUGUCAAGCUAAAAUGGGGUGGUGCUAGUUGUGGUGGGAAGAACGCUGUAUGCCACACUGAGUUCCUUGGAGGAAAGGCAGGAUAUUCAUAUAAUGAAAUUCCCAGAAUUCCUUUAAAUAUGUAGGGUGGAUGCGGCCUCAGGGAAAGAACAGGUAGGAAGGCAACAGCCUGGAGACAAUGGGCUAUAUCCAAUGUAGCACAACGUUGAAGCCAUUUAGUGGUAUGCUUGUUCCACUGGCAAAGUGUUUGGUGCCAGAGGAGCAUGGCUGCGCAAGAGGACAUAAGAGCAGCCCUUACCCAUCACACCUGCCAAAUCUGGCCCACAGGGAGUAAAAGAGAUUUCCCCCUGCUGUGGAGGAUCAACAAAAGUUAAAGGAGUUCUGUAUUCGACUUGCAGUAGCGCCAAGGGGCUCACGUUCUGGUCAUGAUGCAACAUUCAUGAGUUAGUGAAUUUUAUUUGGGGGGAAAUAAGAACCAAUGAAAAGGGUAAUGAAUAUGCCCAUGUGAGAAGGGGCCCCAGUAAAUUCAGUGAAGCUUACUUCUGAACAGACAUUUAUAGGAGUGCAUCGUUAAAAAUAUAACUGUGCUAUCCAGAUACUAGACUUUCCCUGCUGCUAAAGGGAUUAAAAUCACAGAGAGCAUGAAAUUUUAACUUGACAUUGAAUUGAGGAAGACGGCAGAGGGAAACCCAGCCAGAUGAGCAGGGUAUAAAUAAAUUAUUAUUAUUAUUAUUAUUAUUAUUAUUAUUAUUAUCUGUAUACUUUGAUGAAAAGUUGAAAUGCAGCCAUAAAUUUCCCUUUUCACGUUACAGUAUCAAACAAACUUUAUUAUGGUCAGAAACCAGACAACAGAAAUAACAAUAGUAACAUGUAUAACUACAAUAGCACCAAGGGGCAGAAGCAAUACACAAAAUCCAUAAUCUCACAUAUAACUCAUUUACAUUAAAAGUUACACACCAGCAGCUAAAGGCAGUAAUCCAGAGACAUUGCAGCAACAAUUAUGGGAAAUUAUGUGGAAGGAGAACUAAAGAUUCAUUUAACUUGUUUUCCCAUCAUUUUCUGAACCUCUUGGGUUCCAGUUUCAAGCCUCUUUCUCUCAGCCUUUCCCAAUCUGACGCCCUCCAGAUGUUUUGGUAUCCAAUCCCAUUAGCCCCAGUCUUUGUGACUGAUGGUCAGGCAGGAAUGAUCAGAAUCAUGGUCGAAAACUUCUGGAAGGCACCAAGUUGGGGAUGUCUGUUCUAUACUGUUCAUGGGCAUGAAAUGUAUGGAAAUGCUGAUCAGUUUGGAACUAUGCCCUAUUGCUGCUUAUUUCAUCUCUUUUUCCACAGACUGUUGUGCUUUACUCUUAUCUUGAGUUGUUGCUCGUUUCUCACUAGGCUUACUGUAAUUUCUUUUUCUUUUUCUCUCUUUCCUUACCCUUGUUUCCCCCCCUAUUUUUAGUUUUUAUUUUUGUUUUUAUUUUUCUCUUUAGCUUUCAUUCUUUGGUCAUAGUACGCCCACACAACGGCAAGAGGUAAGUCUCUUGUUUUCCAGUUCUCUCUUUCUCCUCUGCUUCCUGCUACGCUCUGGUUCUGUCGUCUCACAAAGCCAGUGUCAGAAACUGGGCAGAGGAGGAAUGGUAGAGACCGCCUCCCUAGCCUGACCCUUCCAGAGAAGAAGAAGGCAGUUCAGAAUUACAACAGGAGUUUGAGGGAGAUCACAGCUCAGAGGCAGAUGAGGGGGAAAGCUGGGAAAUAAUGGGAGAGGAAGAAGACGCACCAGAGGGGAGACAGCUGACAGACAUAAUAUCUUUAGAAAGCAUUCCAGACACCCCUCUCUCGGAACCCAGCGGGCAUUGAAAGUAGGAGAGCAGAAAGCUCAGAGGCAGAAGGCACAUUUUCAGGACCCAUAGUGAUGUUGCAUAAUAAGAAAGUGGGAGGGGGUGGCGACUCACUCGGAGCAACGCCAUUACCCGCAAGUGUCUGCAUUUCUAAGCCUCUCUCUUUGUAUAUUGAAUAAACAGCAUUGGUAAGAACUUUCCUUGUCUUAUCCAUUCCUGGCAACCUCCCAUGGGGGACUGGAUCCUGUGACGCCUGACAGCCAGCUAUGUAAAGCUGUAUGUGAUCUUGUACAGCCUGGACUCACCCAGGUUGGCUUGCCAAAGAAUUUGAAAGGCAUGGUGAUGUUGUGCUUUCUAGAUGACCUAGUGGACUUUGCUUUCAGACUAGAAAUUCCAGAGCAGAAAAAUUGUACUUAAAUACUGAAUUCAAGACUUGCCUAGAAAAAGUGAAGAAGACGAAAUACCUUAUCUGCUCAAAGAAUGACUGUGUGCUCAUUUAUGCUGUAGUCCAAGGAACAAUUAUCUGGGAGCAAGUCCCAUUGAACAAAGGGAUGGAUUCAGCUAAAUAAUUGUAUCGCAAUGGGGCUUCCAUCCCUCCCUGCCCACCCACCACCAUAUGUCCAUGCAGCUCCCCUAAAUCAACUCUGGGAUAUAAGGAGAACCCAAAAAUAGUAUCUGGGAAAGGAGAGGGGGAAUGGUUUCAUCAGAAAUGCUUACACUGGUGGAAAACUUGUAAUAGUGCUGUGCUGAAUUCCUCCCAUAGCCCUAUGAACCUGGGAGUAAGCCCUACUGCACGCCAUUAGAUUUUCUUCUAAGUAUAUAUGCACAGGAUUGUGCCAUCAGUGUCUUAAAUAACUUUAACAAAAAUAGGCAUUCAUACUCAGAAAUCAAAUGACCAGUGGAUGUAUAAUCCAAUAUGCUCCAGCUUGCUUUUCACUGAGUGCUUUGUUCAAAUAUUAUUUUUUUAAAGCCCAAUUCAUCAGUGGUUAGCCCACCCCUGUGGUACAGCCUGUGCCCAGUUGGCAGCAGUGGGGCAUCAGAGCUGAGCCUGGGGCAGCAGCAGUUGGCUCCUCAUCCUGUUCCUAUUGGGUCCUCCUCAGCUGUGAAACUGCUGCCUUCUCCCUUCAUCUUCCCCAUCACUUGGGCACAUUGGGUCCCCCCCCCCCAGUAAGUUUAUCUGAGACAGAGGAAGGUAAACUGAAAUGUUACCUAAAGGAGUGGGGUAUGUGUUUGAGACACACAGAGGUCUUGUUUUCAUACUACCUUUAUAAGUAACUUAGCUUCUAUUGUGUAUAUAUUUUUUCUUUCAGCCCAGAGAGAAAUCUAGGAAAUCUGUCUCAUAUGGAACAAUAUAA